AGGCGGAGCUUCAUCCCCGGCAUAGAGGCGGUUGGCGGCGGUUGGGGCCUCCUCAGAGCCUCUUUAAAAUGAAUCCGAGUGGGGUUGGGAAUAGCCGAGCACCAGAAAGCGCGCGGGGGCCGACGCUGGGCUUGUGCGCGGCGGGAAGCGGGUCGGGAGCUGCUGCUGCUGCUGCUGCUGCCUGCAGCAGUGAGCGCUGGGCUUCGAGGGGGGCAGCGGUGCUGCUGGACUGGCGGCGCUGGGCUUUGCCCUGAGGCGACAGAGAGAAGGGAGACGUUCCCCUUCACUGGCGCACACUCGCUUUGCGGGAAGAGCAGAAGGAUUGUUAAUAUUUUUUAUUUUUUUUUAGAGAGAGAGCGACAUUCAGUUUCCUCAAACUUUUCUUUUUAACCAACACAAAACAAGCAAAAAAUUCUCCUUCUGCCUCCACGCACACGCUUUUUUUUGCAUAUUUCGACUAAGUGGCUUCUUUCCACCCUCAGUAUCCUCGAAGCAAGGAGAGAAUUAAAAAAAAAGAACAUUUCUUUUGGUUCCUCUCGCUUCCUGAGAGGGGAGUGGUUUUCCUGAAGAGGAAGCCAUCGAGUUAUUCUUAAAUAAAGUUUCUCUCCCACUCACCCCCUUUUUUUGUACCUGCUAUGGGCGGUUAAGCUUUAUUUUGUGGUGUGCUGCUCUAUUUAUUUAAAAGAAACGAAGCUCACAAAGAGGGAUCCCAGAGAUCGCCCAUCUGCCUGUUUGUCACAAUGUACAAUACAGUGUGGGAUAUGGAUCGCGAUGACACGGACUGGAGGGAGGUGAUGAUGCCAUAUUCAACUGAGCUGAUAUUUUAUAUCGAAAUGGACCCACCAGGUAAGAAGCAACACCUACUUGGUUUAAAAAAAAAAGUUUAAUUGUGUUUAGGUUUACAAUCGUAGUGGUUCUUAAGUGUCGGGCAUCUGUAUUAAAAGUUUAUUGUUCUUCCCUCCAAUGGGACAGGCUUUGGUUCUUCUCUCGUUUUCUCUCCUGGAGAAGCAAAGAACUGUACUUGGAGGGGUGUAAACUUUUGCUCUUACUGUGUUCCGCUGUGCCCAUUAAGCGAGUCGUUUUCAUAAGGCUCGUUUUUGUUAAGAAUCCGAGAGCUACCUGCUAUUAGGCUGCAGAAUCCAGAACACACGUUUUCCUUUCCCUUUCCUCCUAUUGUAAGUUCUUUGUACCGUGUAUCAGUAUUCAUAAUCUCACCUAAACUCAUCUAUUUAAAAAUGUUAUCUUCUCUAUCACUUUCUGACACUAAAUGUUUGGUUAAUGUUUUUGGUCCUGAUAUUUUUGAACUGAUUCUUUUAGCUUUUGAUUCUAUGUUGGCUUCUGUAAGAAAACUUGCAGCCCAGUCCUUUGCUUGUGUGCUCAGGAAUAAAAUUACACAGAUUUCAUUUCAGCUUCCUAUCAUAAUAAGCAUGCAUAGGAUUGUAGCUUAAGUACUAUGCAUUAUUUCCAGUGCUGAGAGGUAUUGUCCCUACUUUGUUCUGGCGUAGGACUUCUUUUGUUUCUGGAGAGGAAUGAGAUGUGAGAAGAGCCAGAAGUUAGGUGAAUCAGAAAAGGAAGCUGGAUCCAUUUGACAUCACUCCUGAAAUUAUAGUGGUUGGUGUUUGAAAUUGCUGCAGGCUUGUGAUUCCUAAAACCAGGCUGGUGAUGAUUUUAAUAAGGAAAAAAGCUACAUUACAUUUUGGUUAAAUUUAAUUUGAGAUUGUUAGGGGUUUUUUUUUUUUAUGAAGUUCGGAAAAUACACUCCCUUCCAUUACUUCAGAGUUCUGGUUGUCAUGCAGAUAUGUGAUUCUUUGUGACCUAAGGUGUUUAGGCUGUGCCAGCUGAAUAAUAGAAGUAAAAGUAACCUCAGAGAUAAUCCAGCUCAGCCAGAUACAAUAGCAUGGUUUCUUGGACUUUAUCCACACCAAUGAUGCUCAUUCAUGCUUCUCUUAAAUCUCCAGAGUGUUCCAUAACUUCUUAAGAAAAAUUAUCCAAGAGUCUUGUCGCAUUUGAAAUACUAACAAAUUUAUUAUGGCAUAAGCUUUCAUGGACUCAGGCAUACUUUGUCAGCUUGAGUUCACAAAAGCUUAUGCCAUAAUAAAUCUGUUAGUAAGGUGCCACAAGAUUAUUUUGCAAGAGACUAAUAUGGCUACUCCUCUGGAAAUUCUUCAGAAAACUUAUUGCUGAAUGCAUAUUGAUAUUACCAGCUUCAAACAUCAACCACAAGUCUGUGAAACUGCAGUUUAAAUACUUUUUUUAAAAGUUCAGUCCUAUCUCUUGGUGCAUGUAGCAACCAUUCUCUGUUUCCUUUAUGAUAGCAGUUUUCAAUAAUCCAGAGAACUAUCUUAUUUCCUCUUAGGCUGCAAUCUUCUACUUACUUACCUGGAAGUAAAUCACAUUGAACUCAAUAGGACUUACUCCCAAGUAGGGAAAGGAUUGAGCUGUAUAAUCUCUAAGCAAAACAUGUCCAGUUUUUUUUUAGUACCUCCUAUGUUGUCAUGACCUUCUAAUGGCUAUCAUAUUUGUUUUCUGAAUUGCUGAAGCAUAAGUUAAAUUAAAAGUUGGUAAUGAAAACUGUGAACAUUUCCUGUGAGGAAGACUGAAAUCUGAUCAGGGCUAUAUGCUAUGUGCACAACAGAGAAAAAAAUGAAAUUCUGUACUUAGAAUAAACUAUGCAAAUGAAGCAAACUGGUAUAGGUCUACUUUGCAUAGUUGUGAACCCAACACUAAGGCUUUCAAGGAUUUAUAAUGUUUGCUAAAGAGAGAGAACAUAGAAGCUGGGGAUGGAGGGUGGCAUUAAAAUUAGUAAUAAGAUGAUAGUAGGAACAUGAUAAGGUUAAUAAUACAGUAGUUAUACAGUAGUUAUAAGGAAGGGAGCAUAUGCAAAGCAUUAGACCUCUCCUCAUAUCCAUUCAGAUUUCUGAUGCUUCAUCAGACAGUUAAACUUUUUAUCAACCACCAUGAAAGCUGGGAACUUGAUCCGGUGUAAAAUAAAAAUAAAAACUGACCUUCUCUGCGGAUCUGAUGUAUGUAUAAAAUAGCAUGCAGUCCUUAAUACAUAGUUAUUUGUACUUUUAUUAUUUGGUUAGCUAGCUUAAAUAAAUAAAUAAAUAAAUAAAUAAAUAAAUAAAUAAAUGUAUAUGAUCACGUGUGCAUAUCUAUUUUUCUUACACAUUUCUGUUGUCAGUAUCUGUUUAGGUAUAUCUGUUCCAUGUAGCCUUUUAAAUUUUGAGGGUUUUUUGGAUUGUAUUCAGGAGAAUGCUACAGUAGAUACUGGCCAUCCUAUUCCAAUAGAUUGAAUUACAUUAGAUAUAUUUAUCAAAGAACAUUUGUGGGAUGUGGGACCCCAGAAUUUUCCAUUCUUGUUCAUUAUGUUCCACAGUAUUUCCAGGAAAACUGCUUAUAGGUUAUGUUGGAAUGCUUUCUCUAAGACUUCAAGUAUGUCUCUUGACCCAACCAGGAACUCUACACCCUGUAUUUGAAAACCAUUGGAGUUCACUCAAUUUUUAAAGAGACUUUCCUAGGUAGUAUAGUGCAGGCAAAUUCACAAAUAUGGAAGGAAGACCUUCAUGACUCUUACCUCACCACAAACUUUCAGAGUGCUUAGAUGUGAGAGAGAUAUCAGAAGCAAGUGUAAGGAAAGAAAAACGGUUCAGAAGUGAUAAGUGUGGCUAUCGCUAAAAAUUGAAUUUUCAUAUGUAAAGAAUGCCAAUGCAAUAAAUCUUGUCAAUUUAAUAUCCAAACUAGAUGAACAUUGUUUCAUUUUCACCAAAAUGUUUAUUAUAAUAGUUGUCAUUAUUGAGUUCCUUUACAGAACAACCAUGUUAAUGCAGUAUAGCACUGAAUUGAUGUAGGCCUCCUAAUAGCUGUUUCCAGGAUUUUGUUUGAAUAACUUUUGGGGUGUAUGAGUAACCUACUACAUCUAGUGUUGAUCAAGUAUCUCCAUUCACUUCAGUAGCCCGCUGCUAGCAUAAAUGAUUUAAGAAUAAUAGUCUAGAUUGCUGCUAGUUUACUAAAUCAUAGUUUUGUAGUGCAAUUUAUGGGUGUCAGUCUUAGUCUUCAGUUGUCUAAAUAUUUCAUAUUGAUAGACUAAAGGCAUAGUUGGCUUGGCAGGUGGGUGAAAUCUGCAUGUCUUCCUCAUGAGGAACUUGGAUCUGGAAGUAACGAUAUUAAGCAACGGGCAAGCAUUGGAUAUUUAGUGGAAUAGGUUUGUUUUUCUUAUGAUGGUCAAAAGCCAGACUUCUACAAUAUGCUUUUUAAAUUAUUAAAUAUAUAUAGCUAAAUCUUACAAUGAAAAUAAAAAAAUAGAAAGGGAAGAUAACUUUUACCCCAUUAUGACUCAUUUAGACAUAAUUGAAAAUUGUAUAUGGGUACUUUACCAAUGAGCUCUUACACUUAUCAGAGUAUAUUUAAAUAGAGGUACAUACCAUGGUUUCUCUGGAAAGCUCAUGUACAUACUGAGGGCCCUUUCUUUCUCUCUCUCUCUCUCUGUAUGUAUAUAUUUGUAGGAGCAUAGGAAGCUGCUUUAUAUCAGGUAAGGUCACUGGUCAGUCUUGCUCAGAAUUGUCUACCAGUGACUGUCAACAGCUCUCCAGGAUUUCAGUCCGGAGGCUUUCCUAGCUUUGUCUGGAGAUGCCAGGUUUAAACCUAGGACCUUUUGAAUGCAAAGUGUGUGUUCUGAGGUACAGUCUUCAUGUAUGAUAAAGGGAAUAGCUCUCUUGCUCUGCUAGCAUUUAAUAAGAGAUCACUGGCAUAAUGUAUCAGCAUUGUUAAUGUGGUCUGUGGCAGUGCACAUUAGUUGAGUGAGUAGAUUACAUCAUCUCCAGUGGCAGUGAAGCACAGUUGUGGAAUGUUCAAUAGCUUAGAAACCUAUUACCUAUUAUAUGUGAGAAUGUAUAAAUAGGCAAAUUGGUCUGCAAAGUUUUAGAUCAUGUUUUUCCUUAACUAAGUUUAAAACACUUGCCAAGAACACAUUAAUAACAAUUUAAAAGCCGUUUUCAAUUGUUAAUGGCAACAAUUUUCAGCACUUUUGUCUAGGGAGAGCUUUUGUGUUGCUUAGGAGUGCUAGAACAUUAUUUUAUGGACUACAUGGCCCCAGCUGUUCAGCCUUAGCAGAAAAUUAACUUCUAGCCAAAGUGUAAGAUUUUAUACGUGUGUCUUGUGCUGAUAUCAAGUUGCUGAAGCAAGUUCUUUAAAGAUGCAGUAGAAAUAGACUAUAUAAAUUCAGAAAUACAUUAGUGACAGAACUUUAUGAAUAUGAAACUUUAUAUUACCUCUUCAAUCAAUUAUUGAAGGAAUGCAAAAGUAUAUCUUCCCAGGGUGAAAAAAAAUAGUCACGUAGGUUGGAUUGUCCUGAAAUCCAUCAUAAUUAUUGAAUACUUAUUAAUUGGAUGUUAGUCAGUUAGAUCGACAUUGUUGAAGUUGGUUUUUUUCUCCUUUAAAUUUACUGUGCUUCAAAGGUAUAAGCUGUGAAGCAAUAGUCUGUAUUCUCAAACAUGCCCCCCCUUACUUUGCAGUUGUCAAGUAAGCUCACUUGACAGUGUUAUUCCAAAGUGGAGAGGAGCAGGUUUAUAAAUUCUUAAAAAUAUUGUUAAUGUUUAGCUUUUUAAAAUAUGAUCCUGCAACAUCUGAGACUUUGUAAACAUUCCCAGUGAGCUAUUGCCUUUAACAUGAAGUGCUGCAGUAACAAACUUUGCAUUAAUGGAUUAUAUUAUGUUGAAUCUGAUUUUGGAAUGGGUCCUUCUAAAGUACAUUGACAUCAGUUCCUUUUUGACUGUCCAUUGAAUUAUACGAUUUGCACUUUUUCUUGACUAGCAAGGAUUUGAAAGAAUAUGUCCUUUCCUUGUCUUCAUUUCUGUAGGGUGUUGCCUGCUUAAAGCAUUUCCAACAUGCAAAUGAUAAUUUUUGUUGUUGGAAAUCUUACGCAAAGGGGAAGGGCUGUAGCUCAGUGGUAGAGCAUCUGCUUUGCAUGCAAAGGUUCCAGGUUUAAUCUCUAGUAUCUCUGCGUAGGGCUGGAAACCCUGAAGAGCCACUGCUAGUCAGUGUAGAGAAUACUGAGCUUGAUAGACCAUUGGUCUCAUAAAAAUUAAAUGGUCACACACUAAACCACAUUUGGUCACAGCUUCUGAGUGUAUGCACUCAGUAUAAAAGAUACAUCUUGAAUUAUCUCAUAAUUAUUUGUAUAUAUGUGUGCUUAUGCAUGUGCAUGUAUACCAAUGUUAUUACAGAGCAAUCCAGGCAUCUCUACUGCCGAGUACCUCUCCUUGUCCCCUUCCAUGGGUCUUUUCCCUCUUAAUAGCAAAGUGUUUAUCCAAGGACUAAAUGUGGAGCAGUUUACAUGGAUUUGUAAGCAAGCAAGUGACACAAAAAUUACCACAAGGAGAAAAAGAAGCAAAACAAAGUGCAGGCACAUAGGCAGCUUUCGUGCACUAAUUUAUAUUAUCCAGGGUCCCUGAAGGUAUAACAUAAAAAAGGGCUCCCCCCCCCCCUUCUUAAGAUGCUCGUAAGAAAGGGGCAUCUACUCUGGUGCAUCGGAGACUUAGGAAGUGACACAAGAGUGCAGGAAUGGGCAACUUGUAGUACAAGGUCAAGAGAAAAAUCUUAGAGGUGCCAUAGGUAGGAUUUUCUUCAUUCUUAUGAGUCGUAUCAUAUUGGUAAGGAAAAGGGAACUCUUUUCUCAGACCGGCUGUGAUUCUGUAAGGUCUGUUGCCUUCUUGUUGCACCCGUCUCCCCCACAUGUCUAGCAUAAGGUGUCUGAAUUAUUUUGCUCAUUAUUUUUCUCUUGUCAACAAGUGCUUCUCACAUGGGUCAUUUUGUUAGAUUUUUUUUAUUUGCUACUUUCAGGCCGUAGUAUAAGAAGAUUUCCUUAGAUGAGGCAGCUAUGACUUAGCUACUGUUGAGACUUGCAAGCGCAUCUCUAGUCCCUCCUGGAGCCAUUGCCCAUAUGUAAGUGAAAAGUCUGAAUGUAGGGCUUUUCCAUUGAGCAUCCUAGUGACCGGGGAGUGCAAAUGUUGAUGGGGGGGGGUUGCCUUUCAGUAUUCUCAAAUGCCAUAGAAACAGUUCUGUGUGCCACAUCUGGUGCAUGGACUACUAAUUGAUCAUCUAGAAGCCAUCUGAUUAAAGCUGGAAGCAGAGGUAAUAUGUGAUGUGUCGAUUAGUACUUAGAGGGUUCUGCUCUGGAACCCCUUGGGUUAGACGCGACAACUUUCAUAUUCUGUUUGUACUUGAUGCUAUGAGUUGUAGGAGGAAUAGUUGAGUCUUAGCUGUUUUAUCUCUUUAAUACUUAAAAUAAGAGUGCUAGAGUAUAUUUAUAUUGUGGAAGGAACUGUCGAAUGCUGAAGAAAACAACAGACUUCAGAACUUAAAAUGCCAUGGGCUCCUUAAUGAAACUUAAUUCAGGUCAUGAAGGCCUAUCAGUUCUGGUACUUCAUCUUUCCUUUCUGUUGGGGUUUAAGAGGGUAUAGUGGGGAGUGUCUGCACAUUUCACCAGAACCCCUCUGAUACGGCAGAAAUGAAUGGAAGGGUCACUAAGUACUUUGUACCUCUCAAAUCAGGGAUGCUAUAGGAUGGGACACCCUAUCUCUGAUGCUGCUUUGAAAUUAUGCACAUGCUGGGGUAGAAAUUGCAGUAACAUCUCUGUGCUGCAUUGCGGGCCUCCUGGCUCAGUUGCACAUCAGCAAAAAAGAUCAUAUGGAUCAGUUGCACAUCAAUGUGCCGUUGCUCUUAAAAUGGAUAUGUAUUUCUGCACUUGUAUAACUUGGCCUAAGUGAAUAUUUAUUUUUUUACUAAGUUCUCAACUGCUUGUUCUUUAAAUGUUAGCAAUGGUAUAUUCCAUUUGAUAUGUGAUAAACUAAUGUGUUUGAUAGUUCCACUUCCUUAUCUUUGAGGUUUCACAUGGCAGAAUCCAAGCUGGUACAUUGUACGUUUCAGGCUCAAGCUCAUAGUAAUGUAAUAGCUAUGUGUAUUCUGUUUGUUAAAUAGAACACUCAUAAGUCAUGUGUUUCCGAAAAAAAUAAUGUUGCAGUAAGAACCUCUUCACAUGUUUACUUAAAACAGUCUUCUCAAGCCUGGUGCCCUCCAUGGCAGUGCUGACUGGAGCUAAUGGGACUUAUAGUCCAAAACAUCCGGAGAGCACCUGGUUAGUGGAGUCUGACUUAAAAUGUUUUGUGUUGCCUCACUGUACCUCGCUAUCAAUUAAGCUUACAAAGCUUACAGCAGGGAUGAAGAACUUGUUUCAGCCUGAGGGCCAGAUUUGACCCUGCCCAACUUUCAUGGGUCUGCAUUCCAACCUCUGAAAGAAAAAAAGAAAAGUAUCUACCUCUUUUCCCUCCCUCCAUUGCCAAACACACUGCACAAGGCAUGCAACACACAGUAUUCCGUAUGUACCAAACAAACACUCAGCCACACACACAGACAGUCACUUAGUCUUGCAGACUGGACAUAUAGACACACAGGCAGGGUGUGUGCACACACAUACUCAGCAUUUCCAACCCUUACUCUCCAUUGCUAGGGUGAAGGUGACUGGAAAGCUCUCCCUCUUUCUUUCCUUUAAAGAGGAUCUUUAAAGCACAGGCAUCUUAUCUCCCAAUUAUAGCAUUAAAUAGCACAGUGCUAAGAUGGGUUGGGCAAUGGGGAAUACUGCCUUUUAUUUAUAAGGAGGAGACAGAAAGCUUAUUUCUGAUCUUAGUGCUAUUGUGUUUAAUGCCAAGAUCAUCCCUCUAACUCCUUUUUAAGGGUUAAGGGUUUUUAAGGUUAAGCCCUACAGUAUCUGAUCUAAUUAAUAGAUUCUAAUAAUCAGAAUAUAGUACAGGGGUCGCCAACCUUUUUGGGCCCAUGAGCAGAUUUGUAAAUCAGAUAAACUGUUGUUGGCACCACAUGUGAAGCAAGUUGAAGUGGUGCGUCCGCUCUUAAAGAAAACAUCAUUAGAUCCUUUAGAUCUAUCCAAUUACCGCCCAGUUUCGAAUCUUUCGUACCUGGGUAAGGUAAUUGAGAGAGCGUUUGCUGAACAGCUUGGUAGGUUUCUGGAGGAAACAUCGGCUUUGGAUCCAUUUCAGUCUGGCUUUCGCCCUGGUUAUGGGACCGUGAUGGCUCUGGUCGCCCUAACAGACUAUCUCCAUAGACAGCUGGAUCAAGGCAGGUCGGGACUGCUGAUUCUUCUAGAUUUGUCAUCAGCCUUUGGCGUGGUCAAUCAUGAACUUUUGGACCACCCCCUUGCCGACAUGGGCAUUCAGGGCACAGUCAGACAAUGACUGCGCUCCUUUAUCUCAGGUCGGGGACAGAGGGUGGCGCUAGGGAAGGAGUUGUCAUUGUGGUAUUCCUUGGUGUGUGGAGUGCCUCAGGGCGCAAUCCUUUCCCUAAUGUUUUUUAAUAUCUUUAUGCACCCCCUUGCCCAGAUUGUCCAGAACUUUGGGCUGGGUUGUCAUCAAUAUGCUGAUGACACCCAGCGUUAUCUGUUGAUGGAUGGCCGUCCUGACUCAGCCCCAGACACACUGACUUGGAAGCUGUGGCUGGAUGGCUGCAUGGGAGCUGGUUGAAGUUAAAUCCUUCGACAACAGAUGUCCUCUGGCCGGGGACGGGACGACAUGGGGUUGGGGGGCCAACUCCCAUCUCUUGCGGGGGCUCAAUUAGUGCCAGUGCGUUCUGUCAAGAGUUCGGGUGUAACCUUCAACGCCUCCCUCUCUAUGGAGGCGCAGGUUGCAGCUACAGCAAAGGCGGCAUUUUUCCAUCUCUGCCGUAUUAAUCAGUUGGUCCCUUACCUUUCUCACCCUGAUCUGGCCACAGUGAUCCAUGCGAUGGUCACCUCCAGGCUUGAUUACUAUAAUUCGCUCUAUGUGGGGCUGCCCUUGAAGCUGACUCAGAAACUCCAGUGGGUGCAGAAUGCCACAGCGAGACUCCUUAUGGGGUCCUCGUCACAGGAUCACAUUCAUCCAGUGCUUUACCAGCUGCACUGGCUCCUGGUGGAGUACAGGGUCAGGUUCAAUGUGCUGGUUUUGACCUUUAAAGCCCUAUGCGGCCUAGGACUCUAGUACCUAUGGGACCACCUCUCCUGGUAUGCCCCGUGGAGGCCCUUAAGGUCCAUAAAUAACAACACUUUGGAAGUCCUAAGCCCCAAGGAGGUUAGAUUGGCCUCAACCAGGGCCAGGGCCUUUUCAGCUCUGGCCCCAGCCUGGUGGAAUGCCCUGCUGUAGGAGAUAAGGGCUAUGUGGGAUUUGACAUCUUUCUGCAGGGCCUGCAAGACGGAGCUGUUGCACCUGGCCUUUGGGCUGGACUCAGUCUGACCCCCUUUCUCCACCCUUUUUCCUUUUUUUUAUGGAACCCCUUAUGUGGGAUUUUGUAUAUAAAUUUUCCCUCGACUCUUUUUGCUGGCCCAUAUAGGACCAGCAUGGAUAGUUUGGCCCUGGUGAAUAUUUGAUGUUUUCUCCCCUUACAAUCUUGAUUUAUGGGCUACCACUAAAACGAGGCUGCAUUUUAAGCUAUAUUUUAAACUGUAUUUUAAUCUACUUUGUUUGUUUGUUUUAAUGUUUUUAUUGUAUUUUAUAUUUGGUGUUAGCUGCCCUGAGCCUGGUCUUGGCCAGGGAGGGUGGGGUAUAAACAAAAAAUGAUGAUGAUGAUGAUGAUGAUGAUGAUGAUGUGUCACAACUCUCCCCUCCCCUGGUGUAGCAACCCUAAAAUUUGUCCUGUACCACAGUUAAGCCUGGGAGUAAAGCAUUCCAUUGUUUUAUUUGAAGCCUAAUUUCAGUUGGGGGAUGGGGCCCUGUGAGCAUCAAAGAAAGCCUCCAUGGGCACUUGUGUAUCUAUGAGCAUCCAUAUUGGUGACCCAUGAUAUAAUAGAUGUGCCAUUUGAGCCAUUAGUCAUGGUAAGGUGACUAAUGACAUGGGAUGAUUGACAGGUGGGUGGGGUUUUCUCAGACAGGCCUGGUUGGCCGGAUUAAGAUUAAAAAUAUAUUUUCUAGAAGUAGCGAAACAAUGUAAACAGAACAUGAAAAUGAGUAGAAAAUAUCUACAAAAAUACCUUGCAUUGCUAAGUCGCUGAAAAUCCCUUUUCUGAAGACUAAUAAAGAAGUUAUUGAUACAUAUUGAUAGAGAGUGCAUUCCAUAGCCAGUGGUUACAGAUUUAGGUUACAACUAGGGACACAAAAUGAAUAUAUGUACACUUAUGUUUGUAGUAUCUCUUCAGUCAUCUGCAUGUAGCAGAGAAUUGUGUGUGUGUGGUGAGAUAGGUACCGUAUGUUUAGCUAUUUUAGUGGCACUCCUGAUCUUUAAUAUAAGUUUCUUAACUGAGUGAAAUUAACCAUUUGUGACACAUUCAAAACCACUAACAGGUAUACCCGCAUUAAGGCAGCCAGUCAUCUUUGGUACUUUACAUGUGGUAAAGCUUUAAAAUAAAAUGAGAAGUAGCAGGUUAUAGCAAAGGUCUGUGGUGAGUUAAGUCUUAUGUUGGUCUUAUGUUGGAAACAGUUUUCUGACUUCAUCUGCAUAAAAAGUUAAACUGAGCUACCUACAGUAGUUGUGGAGUUUUAUUUGGGGACAUAUAAAUAUAUGAGGUAAGGGGUUGCCAAUGUAGUGCCCACCACUAAGGCCUCCAUUGGCACCCAUGGGCGGGGCCCCAGACUUUGAGCUUUCAUAAAAAAAGUACCGUAAGUCUCUAGCCCUCUAGAAAGAAAGCUAUGAAGCAAAAUGUGGAGGUACCUUUGCAAGUAUUUGCUAAAUAUGUGCCCCCAUACCUUUACAUACGCACCUCAAACCAGCAGUGACAGUGUAUAGCAGGUCCCAUUCAUAUGUGAAGACUUCAGAAGGUUAAACUUGUUUAAAUAGGCUUACAUUUUUUUUCAGAAAAGUGACAAGUUUUGAGAACAGUAUGGUUUCCCAUGUCCUUGGCCCAUUCUAUCAUAAAGAUUUCCUAGCUAUUAUUGCAUUACUGUGAUGUUUGUAUACAUAUUUUAUAACUGAUGUUGGCCAAACCAUUACUUUGAGGUUUCAUUUUUGGGUGGUAGCACAGCUUGCCUGGUAUAUGCAAACUUACAGGAGGAAGAGUUACAUUUUGUUAGAGGGAAAAUAAGAGAAACUAACAAGGGCUGUAAAUGUAGAAUAAAUAAUUAAAUUCUGGAAAUCAUGGGUUGUAUCUGUGUGUGUUGCACAGAUGGGGGGGCGGUGGACAAAUAGUGAAAAAUUGCUUCUAUCCCUUUCCUUACAACGGAAGCUUUAUUGUCAGUUGAGCAAUGCUGUUGAAUACAUGCAACCCCUUAUCUACACGUCUAAAUGACGUAAAUUGUUGGCAAACUAGUUUGAAAAGCAGGAUAUAAACAACUUAAAUAAAAAUCAAGUUAUUGAGAGUUUUUCUCUCUGGCUAAAAAGAAUGUAAAUCCUGUUUAGAACUCCUUAAGCUGAGUUUGGGCAGCUGCUAGUGCUGGGCCUGAAGCUUCAGCUUCUCAGGCAGAGAGCACAAAUUCUUACUCAAGUGUGACAUGGACAUCAUAGAGCUCCUUCAACCCUCUCUGAUAAUAGCAAGCCCUUCUGAUUGAGAAAUAUCAGGGAACUUCCUGCUAUAAGGUGUAUUCUGGUUGUGAUUUCUGUAGUAGUCUUACGCUAAGGAAGUUAGUUUUGGUGCAUGAGUGCAAUAGAAGAGUACGCUACUUAUUGAAAUGUUUGGUACAACAGAGGAGACGGUAGCUGUGUGGUUAGCCAGCCACCUACUUGGUUGGUGCAAGUAGAUUAGUGAGUGUCAGCUUCCCUGCACCCCUUAACCCUGUAAAGCAGGGAGAGGUAGCUACAAUAGUGCUGCAGCAUUCUUCCUGCACACUGGGAAAAAUAAUGCUGCAGUGCUGUUAUUUUUACCUAUGUCACUUGGGAGGGGGUAGCAGAGCAGAGGGAAGAGCCAGUAUGUACAGUAGCAGUUAAUAUCGCAGCACUCUGCUAUGAUACUAACUUGACUCCUGAUGGCCAGGUACUGCAGAAGUAAAGGAGACCUGGCUGGAAGGAGUGAUGAAGUACUAUUGGAGCAUAUGUUGGCGGCAAAAGACUGAGAGAUGAAGCUGCAGCACUGAUGCCCCAGUAUUCCAUCGCUGCAAAAAGUGUUGUGGAGAUGGGAGGAAAGUGUAUUUUUCCUAAACUAUUUGUAAGGUUAUUAUAGAAUAAUGUGGAAAACAAAAUAAAAUGCACAAUAUAGAAAGGAAGAAAUUGUGGUUUUAUUAAAGAUUUUCAGAGUCAACUGAAAUAAAGAAGGAUUCUGGGUAACUGCAAAUUAAUGAGACCAUUGAAACUGUUCUCUUGAGGUACAACAACUGUAGUUCUUUGGCCUCAUUAUUAUGCCUUUCUGUAGCAACAUUUUGCUUCUUAUUCUGAAAAUGUUUAUAGAGCUAUCACGUAAGAGAACUGGAAUAUGGCUUGUACGCAUGACAUAUUAUUUUGUAACUUGUAAUAAUUGCUUUUUUUAAAAGUGUAUAUUAGCAGUGCAGCAAAUAGCAGACUUUCAUUUAUAUGCAUGUGACUAAAUGCUGUAGGCUUCACUUCCAUGCACACUUAUCUGAUGGGAUUAUUGAUUGUGUAUAUGAUGGUUGGUGGUGAAUCUCCUUGACAUAAGGUGCAUUACUGUAUUUUUAAAUAAACACGUCUUCUGCACAGCUCUUCAAAUAGCUACCAUACUUUAUCUUUGGGAAACUAAGGGUGCCUAUGGGAUGCAUAUAAGGGUGCAGAUCUGGAGGAAGAGGCUGAGUGGAAUCUACAGCAGUCUUGCCACUCAAGCUAAGCGCCAAAUUAUAAAUUACUCAGGAGGUCUACUAUUGGCUCUCCCAAUGUUUUCUUUACAAAUGAAAUGCCAUAAUGGGUUGUCCAUUUGAUUAUAGCAGUGUGUGCAUUUAACAAUUCCACCAGCCACUAAGCCUUCCAAAAUGAAUGUCCCAAUUUAGAUUGCUCCUCCCCAAGCACCCCUGCUGAGGUAGAGAGGAAAAUGAAGUAACAUGCAGUUUUGCCCUUAUAGGCUUACAAUUUCUAAAGAUACAGGCCUCUAUCUAGCAUCCAGAUUAUUUCUUUCCUCAGGGAAAAAAAAGGCAGUAGAGACUAAUUAGUAUUAUUCUAGAUACUCCGGUAUCUCCUCUUCCUCAUUCUCCAAGGACUUUCCGCUUUACAUGAAAACAAAUUACAGCAUCGUUCAAUAGAGAUAGAGAGUGUAGAUUCCAACUGACAUGUAAAGAAGAUGCUAUUUCUUAUGGCUGCUGUAAAAAUUGGUUAGUUUUAUAGGUCUUGGGUUCAUAGUCUACAUGUAGUAUUAUCAAAUUCUUCAUCACCUUUGCUGCCGCUCUGGUCAGACACUUAUAGAAGAAUGGGGUAACAGUCUACCAGUAAGAACAGAACUGAAUCAUCCCCACCAAAUGCUCCUUUCAGUUGCAAAAAAUAUAAAAAAAUCAAAGCAAUGGAAAGAACCCAGCUUGAUCUAUCUUAGAAGGACACAGAAAUAAAAGGGAAUGGUUUUGUUUAUGUAAUGGAGAAAAUGUGCUUCCCUGCUGGAAAAUUAACUUUAAGAUGAGUGUUCAACCUGAUAACUGGAUUCCAUCCAGUUAGUCUGCCUGUAACCAUCUGAUCUCUUUAUUUCAGCUUAAUACUAAUAUGAGGACUUUGUCUCCGGCUUCAUGUUGUUCUGAAGGCAGCCCUGUUUAGGGAAGUUUUUAAUGUUUUAAGUUUUAUUCUGUUUUUAGUGUUCUGUUGGUAGCCGCCCAGAGUAGCCGGGGAAACCCAGUCAGAUAGGUGGGGUAUAAAUAAUAAGAUUGUUUAUUAUUAUUAUUAUUAUUAUUAUUAAAUUUCUUGUAUCCUGGGCUUUAACUUUUCUCCUCAGACACAUUCUGAUUCUCAAAAGUCCAGAAAGCAUCAAAGACUUUCAAAAUUAUGCAAAGAGCAUCAAGAGAGCCAGGUCUUGGUGUUCUAACAUUUUUUAUUUAGGGGAGAAAAACUAUGAGACUGUAUGGCAUUCUACAAAUUGAAAACAACCGACAGACCUUUGCUGCAAUCCUAUAUAUUUAUAAGAUUGAGCUGGGAAUAAGCUCAACUGAACAUACUGUAACUUCUUGCUGGGGUGGGGGGACGGACAUGUAUAGAAUUGCUCUGUAAGAAUGCUCCCAUCCCCUAAUGCAUUCACACAGAUCUAGCAAGGGGAUUUGCCUGUUUUAUGUUGUUCUUAUUGAACUGGCUGGUUGUGUCUUUUGAUGGGAGAUACACCAAGGCUAGUUGCACAUGAUUACAGCUAGAAUGUACCUGUGAGUCUUACUUCCUGAGUGGUUUGGGCUGCUGCUGCUGCUGCUGAUUUUAUUAUUAUUCUUAUUAGAAUUUAUAUACCACCCUAGACCCAGAGGUCUCAGGUCGGUUCACAGAAUAAAAUCAAAAUAUAAAAUCACAAAAUACAUAAUCAAAAUAAAAACAACAACCCAAUAAUCUUCCUCCACACACAUUUUAAAAGCAUAUAAAGCACACAGCACUUUGGCCCUCUUGGAAACAUGGUUACUUAUGUUGUAAAUAUUGGUAUAGGUUGGACCCCCCCCCUAAACCCUAGAAAAUAAUAAAUGGUAAGAUUUUGACUAUUUGGGAUAUGAUGGGAAAAUCCAAGCUGCAUAGGAAUUCCUCGGCAAGCCUAUGCAAAAUGAUGUGGGCAAGCAAAUGAUGUGGCCAAGCUAAUUACUGGGAUGAAGUACCGAAGACCUGUCACCUUUUUUUAAAAGCUAUAAUUCCUUCAAUUCAGUUUUGUUGAGUUUUAUUACUAGAGAUUAACAAAGCUACAGCACAUAUUGUUAGCCCAAAUUAAACAUUACAUUUUCGAUUCUUCUAGAGAAGAACUGCUCCUUCUUAAAAUGGGAAGAACAUGUGGGUAGUGGUCUGAGUCCCCAUUUUUUGGAUCUUAACACAGAAUUAUUAUUAGUUAAUACUUCCUACUGAAACAGCUGUAGACAUUCAGGGUGAGAUGUCUCCGUCAACUUAGCAUUACUACCUGGCAUGAGUCUUGGUUUUGGAGUGCAGGAUUUAGGGUGCAAGAAAAGGAAUUACAAUAGUACCUCCGGUUACGUAACCCUCUGGUUACAUAAACUUCAGGAUGCGAAAGCGGCAAACCCGGAAGUAUUUGACCGGGUUUUGCCCCACACGCAUGCACAGAAGCGGUCCUCAGGUUGCGGAAACCUUGGGAUCCAACUGAACCUCCAGAAUGAAUCCCUUCCGCAGCCGGAGGUACCAUUGUACAUAAAACCAUUGAAGUUGCCAUGUUUGGAUGCAUGUACAAAAUUAAACUGGGAUUUGAAUAUGCUUGUUCCAAGGGGCAAAUUAUAUUUCUGUUCACACAUAUUCAUCUUAAAGCUACAUCCUGCUUCAAAAAAAAUCUUUGAUCUAAUCUGCUCAGUCCAUCUAACCUUUAUAUUAUGCAAAAUCUUCUUCUAAAGGAGCCUCAGCUAUUCAGCACCCCAGGAAAAUCAUCCUUGGGUCUUGCUGCGACGACUGCUUCAUGAUGUCACGGUGCUUUUAGACUAUGCUGCUUGAUAAAGGUUGAGAAGGCAUGUGUACAGUUGCUGGUCAGUGCUUUAGUACUACUGAAUCCUGUGUACUUACUCAGAUAUGAUCAGAAGAGAUACCAAACUGAUAGUUUUCAUAAUAAAUGGUCUAAUGUUUUUUCAUCUUGCAGAUGUUCUAAAGCAAGGCUGCAAGCAUAUUUCUUUUCUGCAGAUAAUUGCAUUUAGUGAUACAGACCCUAGCUUAUGAAAUGUACUGUAAUAAAUUACCGGUACUACUUCAGAUACUACAGAACCUCUUGUCUUUGCAUUUAAAGAACCAUCUAGGCACAAAACUGACAAGUAAUAUGGGAGAUAGUAAAGUUUUCACCACCUUGGGAGCUUUCUUGUACCAUUCUAAUGUAUUAGGGCAGUUCUCAAAAUUUUUAUUUAUUUAUUUAAUUUCUAUACCGCCCUAUACCCGAAGGUCUCAGGGCAUGAAUUCAAAUCUGAAACUAAUACUGUUAGUUUGGGAACAAGUGGGAGGAGGCAGAAAUGGACAUAACAAAACACCACUGUGAAUUGUUGCACAAUGUUUUCCAGAGAUCCACAACCAAUAACACCACAUUAAGUGAGAUAAGGUCUUAGAUGUAGCAUAGCCAUGCCUGGUACAGUUAGAAGCCCAAAUAGAUAUUUCUUGAGUUAAGGAGGCUUGCUGUGCCAGUGCUUUAAGAAUCUGCUCCAAGAAAAAUGCAUAUAUUAAGUUAAAUUAACUGGACCCUUUUUUAUAUUGUAAUCAAAUACUACAAUCAGACAUGCUGGCUAAACAAGAAAUAGUCAUUUGAUGUAAUACUGCACAAAUGCUUUCAGUUCCCGUGUGUUUUGCUUAUGCUAUGAAAAAGAUCUGAAUAACAGCCAGGCUUUAUGUUUCCAGAAAUGGGGAUCAGCCAUUGCCUGUGUAUCUCAGAAUUCUAGGUGUAACCUGAUACCUGCGGUACCUAGCUGCAAGUAAUCGCCAUUUUACAGAAUCAUAGGAUCAUAGAAUUGUAGAGUUAUAUUGGAGCUAAAAUAUCCACCUUAAGUUUCAUAUUUAUUUUUAAAUUCCACUGCCCCGGUCUUUCUUAUCCCCUGCCUUAUAUAAUAGCAAACCUGACAGAUAAGAGAACUUCUGGAAAAUUAUUCUGUGAGAUUUUUGUUGGUCCUAAUAAAAAGUAUUGCCCAACAGUGGAUUUUGGAGUCUUAACUGUUGAAAAUAAUGUAAAUUGCAUUAGAAAGAAGGUAACUGAAUUGCUUCCACUGUCUUGUUAUGGAUGAGUCAUGUCUUUUUCUUUUCAUUGCCUUACACAUGACUCUGAAGCUUCAAUUUGUAGUGUAUUUUGAGACAUAAAAUGUCUUCACACAGAGAGAGGUUUGGAAUUUUGUAAAGCAGAAAAGGAAAAUCAUUUGCAAAAGCUGAGCAGCUAUACUGAAAGUACCUGCUAGAAACUCCACAGAUACAGUCUAUGUACUGACGUCACCAACGUAUGAUCUCAGUACUGUGCUUUCAUUGGCUGAAGUGCUAUUUCCUUUCAGAGUCCAGUUUCUCAAAUCCCAAUCAGAGUUAGCUGAAUUCUGAAUGCAGGUUGGUCGGUGAUGCUGGCUUAGAGUGGGAGUAGGGUUACUAAUAAGCAGGCUUUCGAGAAACCAUUCCACUGUGAGAAAUGGUGUUUAUCUUUGCCUUUGUGAGAAAUUGUGUAACUUAGCAGUGCAUACCAGCUAGCUAUUGAAGUCUAGAUCUGAUCAUGCUUAUGUACAAAUACAGAAGAAAGGUUUUGUUGAUUCACUCACUUUUUAAUCUUGAGGAAAUGGCUAAACAUAGUUUUUUGAACUGCCAUUAGUAGCUGUUUCUGCUUCAGUGAACAAAUAAAAUCUGAGCCUUCUGCGAAAUCAGGAUUUUCUUUUCUUUUUGCAUAAAUAUGGUUUGGGGUAAUUCAGGGGAAGUGCAACUUGCUUGACAAUGAAAUAUUGAAUAUCAAACAUAAUUUUAUGGAGGAAAAGGCUAAAAGCAAUAUUUUGAAAAAUGAAAGCUGGGUUUUCUAGGAUUCUAUCAAGAGCACACAAGAGGCAGAAAAUAACUUAGAGGAGUAAAAGGUGCCCUUUAAUUUGUUAGUGCAAUUCAACACUAAGUUUUCUAGGUGAUUUGGUAGCUGUUGUAUUGCUUCAGUGAAACAUGGGGAAAUCCUCAUUUUCAUAGUGGACUGUUUUAAGUCUUUAUCAUUUUAUUCCCCUCUCCACAGUAACACAUUAAAUUAUGUUAUGCUUGGUGGCUGUAAAAUUAAAUUUGGGAGCUUAUUCUAAAGUCCAUGUGCCUAUGUACAUCCUUACAUAAUGUUAUUUUGGAAUUGUUUGAAUUUCCUUUUUGUAUUUUAUUUAUACUAUAAACCACCUUGUGUGCAUUAUAUCCCAAAAGGCAGCCUAUAAAACCAAUACUAAAUAAAAAAUCAACCGUUAUGCUCCUACAUCUCUAGCACUGUUUUAAUACUGUCACUUAAUUCUGUAAUUUACUAUUAUGCUAGUACUGUUGAAACAGGUGUGGAUAGUUCCUGCAAGUGACCAAAGUGACUUGUUAAAUCAGAAAAUUAAAUACUUCACCAAUUGUGCUUUAUAGGAUGAAGGAUUUGCAUUUUUAUAUUGCAGCUUCGUUCCAAAUGGAUACUAAUUUACCAAGCAGAUGCUGAUUGACCAUAGAAGCUAUUGUGUUAUAUUCGCUGUACAAAUAAUAUCAAAAGGUACAAAUGCCUUAUAAAUGUGAGGACCUAGUGCCAGUCUUGAGGUACCUUCAUGGGACUGUUCCAUCUCUGCAUGAAUAGUACCAGUGAUUUUAAGAGAGCUUUCAAUGUAGCAAAUAAAUUAAGAUAUUUUAAUGUUAAGAAAAUAUAAGCCUUUUGCAACCAGUUCCUAGAGCAGUUUCCCACUCAUUUUCAACAAGAUACAUUCCUUUAUAAACAAGUAUUUUUCAAGUGCAGAAUCAUUUCUCAUUCUUUCCCUGUGGUAUUCCCCACCUCCUUGCUUUGUGGUGUGCAGACCACCAAAAAAAGGAGGAGGUUUUGAGGUUCCUCCCACCCCCAAUAUACAAAAUAAGUCUUACUUUGCCUCAUUUUGUCUAAUGUCUCUUUAAGUUCUUGAUAUUUAGGAUUGGUCUUCUUUCUGCCCUUGUAGGUAGGAAGGCAUUCAGCACUGGUUUGGGUCCACCACCAGGGGUAAAAGGCUUUUUCUGAGUGGCAGAAACUUCCUGCCAGUCCCUGCUGUUUCCAGCCUGGGACAGUGGACAGGCUUUUAUGGAGUCCUGAAAAGAGAGAGAGGCAAGAGCAAAGAGGGCUUUCUAGCCUCAGAACUGUUGGAGCCUUUUAUCACUCCCUGCGGUUUACUCCCUCUGUGCCAGUUCAGUAAGAAAAACCAAGGACUGCAGGAAGCUGCUCUCCAGCACUCUUUUUGUGCCAUAGAGACUAGCUGGAUUCCUCAGCCUCCACCGCAUCCAAAGGCAGGGACCACGGGCACCAGUCUGGCAAUAUAGAAGAAUGUUUGGGUAGGAAGCUUCAUCUCAAUUUGUUUCUUCGGGAAAUGUGCUACUGCUGCAUGGCAACAAUGGCCAGUGGGGAGGGGAUUUAAAACCAUUAAAUUAACACAAGCUUUUAUUUUUUUAAAAAAAAAACCUAGAAUAUCCUGUAGAGCUUAGAGAAAAAUAGGAAUACGACAAAGCAAAAAUGUGUGCUCCUUGUAUUUCCUACUUCCAGUAAAAUGGCAAUUUGGGGGAGGUAAUUCUGAGCUAGACAAGAUCUUGGGCAGGAGGGUGAAGCAGUGACCUUGUGACUAACUGUCCAUGUAGACUACCCAGUCUGUUUGGGAUUUUUUUUUUAAGUAUAGGCAAAUAUUUCAGAGUCCCAUGAUGUGUAGUUUGCACUUUGGUUCAAUAUGUUUGUUUUCUGUUCAACAAAAUAGGGAUGUACUUUUAGGUGCCCUGGUGGGACAUUUUAAUUUGGAGAUAUAGGGAAUGCUUCCCUUCUGAUUUUCAGCAGCAUUUGUUAUUGUGGACCAAUAGUAUCUUACUGCAUCAUCUGGAACAUCUAGUAGAUGUUGGCAUCUCACUGAUUUCACUCUGUGUCAUUUUGUUAGAACAAUCCCAGAUGGUGGUUAGCCAGCCCAUCCUCUGGGAGAUGUAAUAGUGGGUUCCACUGGCAUCAGUUUUAUUACCUAUAUUACUUAAUAUAACUAUAAAGCCACCAGGAGAGAUAAUGCAGAGCUUUGUGGUUAGGUAUAAUCAAUAUACUUCUGUCACUACAUCAAGCUUUAUUUUUCUUUAAGCAACUUCUCUGAAUUGGUUGGUGGAAGCUCUCCUAAGGUAGAUGACAGUUAAGCAGAAGCUGAAUCAAGACAAGGUGGAGAUUAUGUUGACUGGGAGGCUUGAGGCUCUGAGAGUGUGAAGUGUACCUAUUAUCAGUAGUAUAUUUGUUGCUUUAUUGGAGCAGGUAUGCAUCUUGAAUCUAUUUCUUCCCAUGGAAAAGCAGUGUCCUUUCCAACCACCCCCAGUUGCAUCUGAUAUGCUGUUGUUAUCCUUUUUUAGUGGAGGUAGAGAACUUGCACCAAGUUUAUCUAUACCUUUGUAAUUUCCAGGAUUCACUACUGCUGUGUGCCAUAAGUGGGGUUGCUGAAGACUAUUCAAAUACUGUACUGCAGUUAGUGCAGAAUAUCAUAUGCCUGCCUGUUUGUGGGGGAUGGCAGAUGGAAACAUAAUUGACUGUACUUUGCCAGUUGCACUGCUGCUGUUGAAGUUCUUGGCCCAAUUUCAUAUGUUGAUUUUUGAAUGUAUGUAUUUAUAAAUGUAUUUGCCAUUAUUGGUUGCAGCUGGAGAAAGAAGGGUUAACUGCCUAAUUGUUGCAUGUGUGAUUUUCCUAAAGGGUGCACCUGGAAAGGGAAGGAUUAACUCUGUCUUCCCCAGCUGCAAACUCCUCAAGCUCACCCUGCAGCAACUGGACUUGAAAAAGACCACUCCCCAUUAGAGCCCACUAACUUUUUAAGAUCUUCAUUGAGAACUUCCCUGUUGCUCUCCUACCAGGGAGGUUAUUUGUUAAUGGUAAGCAGAGUGUUAUUUGGGCUGCACCAGCUUUUUGGAAUGAACGAACACACCACCACCACAUAUCAUUUUUCUUCCUUCCUUGCCUUUAGAUGCAAGUCCCAUUUGUUUGGGAAUAUUAGAUGGGGGGAGGAAUUUGAUUUGGUUUUGAUGUUUACUUUGAAUGAAAUGGUUUUAAAUUGAAGUUGUCAGUGGCCUUAAGCAAUUGUAGAAAGGUAAGAUAUAAAUAUUUUAAAUUAAGAAAUAACUUGCGUCACAGUCCAGAUAUCUGUAAUGUCCAAGUCAGACAGUGUGGAGUAAGAGAGAUUGACUGAACUAACACCCUUAUUUGUGUGCUGCUUGUCAUUUAGGCCAUCUUUCCAUUCUUCCACAUGGAGUACUUAGCACAUCAGGCUUGUACACAAAUAUCUUAUUCGAGUUUCUGGGUGCGCAUAAACUGCACAAAUAAGCCUGAGUUGCUAGGUGCUCUGUGAAGUGGAGCAGAAAGCCUUUGGUUGCCUUCUGUUUAGCUUGUGCAUCUAGCGGAAAUGCAGCAUUGCAAGAGCAGCAUGGAUUGAUCCUCCAAAAGGUCUGACACUCUCCUCUCCAUAUGUGUGUGUACACCCACAGAUUAACUGUUUGGCAGGUGUACCUGGCCUUCUGAAAAUGCACAGCUGCACACAGGUCCACUCCUGAGUUAUUCACAAACUGCCGAGAACUCGGGAAGGACUCUCAAACAUGUGGAGGGGAUGGGCCGUACACAGCCAGUCUCAUCCUCAGGCAGAAUGAAAUACUUACCCCCAGGCAGCAGGGGCAGGAAAUGGCAGCAAAGUGUUGAAAGACAGAGCUGGGUGUCACACAGCCUGCCCUCCAGCUCCUAUGCUGGCAUUCUGUCCUGAGGUGCAAUGCAGGGUCCACUUUUGCUAUUCUUGAAAUGAAUUAUUUUAUUUAUUUAUUUAUACCCCGCCCAUCUGGCUGGGCCUCCCCAGCCACUCUGGGCGGCUUCCAACAAAGAUUAAAAAUACAUUAAAAUGUCAUACAUUAAAAACUUCCCUGAACAGGGCUGCCUUCAGAUGUCUUCUAAAUGUAAGGUAGUUGUUUAUCUCUUUGACAUCUGAUGGGAGGGCGUUCCACAGGGCGGGCACCACUACUGAGAAGGCCCUCUGCCUGGUUCCCUGUAGCUUUGCUUCUUGCAGUGAGGGAACCGUCAGAAGGCCCUUGGUGCUGGACCUCAGCGUCCAGGCAGAACGAUGGGGGUGGAGACGCUCCUUCAGGUAUACUGGGCCGGGGCCGUUUAGGGCUUUAAAGGUCAACACCAACACUUUGAAUUGUGCUCGGAAACGUACUGGGAGCCAAUGUAGGUCUUUCAAGACUGGUGCUAUGUGGUCUUGGCGGCCGCCCCCAGUCACCAGUCUAGCUGCCGCAUUCUGGAUUGGUUGUAGUUUCUGGGUCACCUUCAAAGGUAGCCCCACAUAGAGCGCAUUGCAAUAGUCCAAGUGGGAGAUAACCAAAGCAUGCACCACUCUGGCAAGACAGUGUGAAUAGCAAUAUAUAAAUUCUUUUAAUAGUGAAUAAAUAAAUAUUUGCAAGCUGACCUAUGUGUAACAAAGACUAAAUCUCACUGACAAAUUUAAUAACUCUAAAACUGAACUGGCCCCUCAGAUGAUAAAAUGGGUGUAAGACUCUCAGGGUGGAUUCAGGGGUGCUCUGUUAGGGUGCUGAUUGUAUUUGUGCUGACUGUUGGAUGACUCUCUCUGUCUCCCCCCCUCUAUAUGAAUGGUCCCCCCCCCAUGUAUUGUCAGAAUAAGUCAAUCUAGUGGGUGUCAGCACCACUAAAUGAUAGGUAGUAUUGGGGUUAUAGUACCCCAGGUGAGAGGCAGAAUAGGCUGCCUGAGAUUUACCUUCUCUCAUUCUCUCAUGAUCUUUUCUCUCUCCCCUCCUUUCCUCUGCCUUCCCCUGUGUAGUUUUCUUUCUUUGUGUACUGGUUGGUUGGUUGCUAUAUGUUGAAUGUUCUGGCUUUUGCUAGAACUCUUAUUAAGGUGGCUUCCUUACUAUCUGCAGAGUUUUGCCCAAAGAGUAGCACUGAGAGAGUAAGCUUUGGCCCUUGGUGUUUAACAAUCUUGUGCUGGCUUAGGGUGCCUUCUAAGCCCUGACUUGCGGCUGGGGAGACACACCCACCCACAUAGGACCACUGUCCAGCACAGGAAAGUCACCAGCUUCUAGAUCAGUCAUACCUCCCAUUCUCAACAUCUGCCUUGUUUAGAUUUGGCUUCAGUUUAUUAAUCAUUAUUCAGUCCAUUACAGAUGCCAGGAAUCCACUCAACCAGCUCACCUUGUUUUUCUGGAAAAGGAGGAAUAGAACUGAGUGACAUUGGCAUACUGAUAAGCUCAACUCCAAAUCCUUUGAUAAACUCUUCAGUAGUUCUGAAUAUAUAUUUAAAGGGUAUGGGGAACAAGGCUAAACCAUACAGCACUCCCUAGCAUAGGUCUAGCCAAUGUGGUGUCCUCUAGAUGUUAUUAGACUACAACCACAAUCAGCCCCAGCCAGCAGGUCCAGGGAUCAGGGAUGACGCAAUCUGCUGUGUAACUGCAUCUGGAGGACACCAUAUUGGCCAGCCCUGCCCUAGUGCAACUAAAGGGCAGGGGUCCUGACCCAAGCGCUACCUUCUGAGGUCUACCCAACCAAGAGUGGAACCAAGAUGCAAUACUCCUAUCAUGCAUCCUCAGUAGACGAUAUCAUCCAUACCAUCUUUCUUGAUUAUCAAAAAUGGCAUAUAGAUCCAAGAGAAUUAAAAGGUUUUAGUCUCUAUGUGUAGCUCCCAGCAUAGGUUCUCCACCAGGAUAAUAGCAGCAGUUUCAGACACAGGGAUUUGUAGAUUUGCUCUAGCCUUUCAGGAGAACACACAUGUGCAACCUCUUCAAGCAAGAUAGCACCUUCAUAAUUAUAUGCAUGUGAUAUAUGUUCUUAAUAUAUAUGUGUGAAGCAGUCUGUUAUCCUUUUGUUGAUACAAUCUGAUAUCUCUGAAGUUCUUAAAAAAUCUCAAGUAAACUUGAAGAAUGAUUCUUAAUCUUGAUACUUUUUUUCACUUGCAGUCUCAAGUCUGUAGUGUAGUAACAGGCAAUGUUUUAAUUUGAGGAUGUUGCUAAGUCCAGUAGAUAAUUCAUUAAAAUAUUCUUCCUGCACACUGUUUUUCCACAGUGUUGAGAAAGAAUAGGCCUUUAGAAAACUGAACAGUAUGUUGCAAAAAAUGUGGAUUGAUACUUUUUUACCAAUGAAGAAACAAUAUUUGGUUAUUUAGCAUCAUAGUACUUUGACACAAAUUGAAGUCCUGACACUUUGUCAGUAGUCCAGUGGCUUUUAUGGCAUGGAACUGCAUUGCAACAUAAAUUGCCAGCGUGGCUAUACAGACAUAUAAAGCCAAUCCAAAAAUGCCCUGGUCUUUGCAAGCAUAGCCUUAGGCUAAUUUUCAGUAAAAUAGAUUAGAGCAUGGCCAGUCCUAGGGUCAAGGGCUGGAAUUUGGAUUAUGUACUAUUCUCCUUAUAUAUCUGGAGGGCCAGUCUUCUCUGGAUAUAGAACAUGGAAGUAUGUUGUUGUAGUUUGAAAAAAGUAGGAUGUGUUCCCGAAGAACUUCACAGUCAACUUCAGAAUUGUUGCCAAGCAACAAAAUGUGUUACUUUCCAUCAGCCCCACUCUCUCAUGGUGCUGGGCUCAAGUAUUGUAUUGUCACUGAAGGCAGAACUGUGACUGGUGCCCGAAUUUACAGUGCCUUCUGCAAGACCAGUGUCCUGCAGGUGUCCAACAGAUGGCCCAAUCCAUAACUCUUUUCAUGCUUUUAAAAAAAUAAAAAUUCCAAAAUCUGUUCUAGGUGUGGUUUAAAUUUUAUGGCGUCCAACCCACAUAAGCAAACAAAACCAAAAACUCUGUAAUCGGUCUGGCAUUGGGCACUGGCUCCUUGUGGUUCCAUGAUGGAAGAAAGGUGGGCUAUCGAUGUGAGAAAUGUGAACGUGCGCAAUUUGAGGAGGAUAUAGCAAAAAAAAAAACCUCUAUCCUGGAAUCCGGCUGUUUUGUAUGCUGCCAACUGAAUCUGAUGCUUGAUCAGCAACUCAGAGUUUGAAUGACUAGGUUAAAGUUCAGUGUAAUUUAAAUUGGCUUGAUUCAGCAAGUGCAAGAACAGGGAACUACUGUACUUAGGGCACUUAAAAGUAGCCUUUGAAACAGAAGUCAGUGAAUCAUCUUAACUACUUUAGUGUGGUAGGCAUUGUAGAAGUAAAUAGAAAAAUAUUUUGAGUAAUUUAUUAUUCCUUGCCAAAUCAUCUUUCAUUUAAACCAGACAUUUUUUAAAAACUGAAUUUUCUGUUUUAGUACCACAAUCUCAGAUGAAAAGGGAUUUCUAUCACUUUCCUUUUCUUUCUCUCCAGUUCUCACAGGUCUUUAGUGCCAUACAAUGCUUUACCUAAAAUGUAUUAUUUCCUGAUUGAAUCCCUUAUUUAAUAUUUUGAGAUAUCAUUAUAAAGCCAAAAAAGUAAACCAACAAAAUCUCUCUUCCAGCUCUUCCUCCAAAGCCCUCCAAACCAAUAACUCCAGUAAACACAAGUGGGAUAAAAGAGAAUUGCAGUUCAUCACUGCAGGAUGCCGAAUGGUACUGGGGAGAUAUUUCAAGGUAAGAUUUUUUUUUUCCUGGAGGAGAAUGUGGCUUACUUUCAGCUUUCCUUUAUAUCAUAGGUUGGGUACAUUUCUCAGCCUAAGGGCUGUAGGUAUCCUCUUCACCAGCCUCCUGGAGGCUGCAUGCCUUCCCCACAUGCAAAUCACAUGCAUACCCCACAUACCAUACCCACAAUCUUAUAUGUGCAUCAUGUUAACUUUAUUGAAGCUUUAUUUUUUUGUGGGGGGUAUUGGAGAGAGAAGGAAAGUUCUUCUUCAGCUGCACUUUCUGGGAAGAAUGUCCCACAUACGCCCUCUACAAUCCACUUUUCGACAAAAAUAGACUUUUAAUUGCUCCAAUAGAAGGCAUUUUUGAAGCUUGAUUGUGAUGUGUGGAGGGCUGCAUCACACAUGGAAGGAAAAGUCCCUGAAUAAAGCCAUUUUACACAUAAUUGCAGUGGGAAAGGGACAGAGUGAGGUGGGGGCAAUGCAGGCAGGAUCCAGAGGCCCUAGGAGUCACAUCUGGGCCAAUGUUUCUAUGCCCCUGCUUUGUAUGUACAUAUUAAAAUGUAUUAUUAUUAUUCAGGUAACAUUGUGAACGGAUUAAUCUUAAAUUUAGUGCACAUACAGUGGUGCCCCGCAAGACGAAUGCCUCGCAAGACGGAAAACCCGCUAGACGAAAGGGUUUUCCGUUUUUGAGUUGCUUCGCAGGACGAAUUUCCCUAUGGGCUUGCUUCGCAAGACGAAAAUGUCUUGCAAGUCUUGAGAUUUUUUUGCUUUUCCCCCCUUUAUCUAAUCUGCUAAGCCUUUAAUAGCCUUUAAUAGCCUUUUAGCAGCUAAUCCGCUAAGCCUUUAAGCCUUUAAUAGCCGCUAAACCGCUAAUAGCGCUAAUCCGUUAAGCCGCUAAUAGGGUUGCUUCGCAAGACGAAAAAACCGCUAGAUGAAGACUCUCGCGGAACGGAUUAAUUUCGUCUUGCGAGGCACCACUGUAUAUCAUUUUCUAAACUGUGCUGUCACCAUUUUAAAACAGUUAAGAAAUCUGUAAUAUUUUCACUAUGAGGCCGGGGUUAAGAACAUAAGAAAAGCCUGCUGGAUCAGACCAAAUAAUAGCCAACAUCUAGUUCUCAUGGUGGCCAACCAGAUGCUCAUGAGGAGCCUGCAAGCAGAAUGUGAGCACAAUAGCACUCUGCUCACCUCUGCUAUUCAGAUGCAUACUGCCUACAAGAGUAGACCCUAACCAUCCUAACUAGUAGCCAUUGAUAGACUUAUAUUCCAUGAAUUUGUCUAAUCAUCCUCUAAAGCCAUCUAAAUUGACCACAACUUAUGAGAAUGAUUUCUAUAUGAUUUUUUCUAUGCACUGUGUUAAUUAAGAAUUGUUGGAUGUGCCCAAGUUCUAGUGUUAUGAGAGAGAGAGAUACUUUCUCCACUCCUCUAUCAUGUCUGCUCAUACUUGUCUUUUAUAUGAACCAAAAAGCCCCAGGUGUUGUAACCUUUCCUCAUACUAGAGUCGCUCCAUCUGCUUCAUCAAUUUGGUAGCCCUUUUCACAAACUUUUCCAGCUCUACUACAGCCUUUUUGAGAUGAGGUGACCAGAACUGGUACACAUCAUUCCAACUGUGAUCACACCAAAGAUUUGUAUAAUGGCAUUACAAUAUUGGCAAUUUUAUUUUCAAUACUUUUCCUAAUGAUCCCUAGCAUGGCUGCCUCACACUGGAUCAGUAUUGUCCACUAUGAUGCCAAGGUCUCAUUCCUCAUCAGUCACUGGUAGCUCAUAUCCCAUUGGCAUAUAUGUAAAAUAUGGUCCCAAUGUGUACCAUUUUAAACUUGCUCAUAAUGAACUGCAUCUGCUAUUUCACUGCCUGUUUACUCACUGCAGAGAGAUCCUUUUGAAGCUCUUCACUGUCCCUUUUUGUUUUAACCACCCUGAACAAUUUGGCAAUUUUAAAAUAAAACCAUUUAUAUUAAGUGUCACAAAUAAAAGGAAACCUGAGUUUAAUUAACUUUUCAUAUUGAAUCCAUGAAAUUAUCUUUUCAUAUUGAAUCCAUGACCACCUGUCUAACACAUUUCAGUUUAACAACCUCUUUUCUAUGUAAAAGGAGAAACCAGGGAUAAAAAUGGCACUUUUGAGAACAAACAUUAUAAAUAUGAUACUCAGGGCAUGUAUUGUGCAAAUUACAAAUAUUUUGACUCUGCUAGCAAAGCAGCAAAUUUUUUAUCUCAUGAAAGAAAUUCUUCUGCUCAGUAACUGCCAAGCAUUGCUUUUAGAAAGUUAUCAGUCUUUGAAUAAGUGAUCUUUCAUGGUGCCUUUGGAUAUGUACAGAGAGCCAAACAGAAAUCCUUAAUUUCACAGUUGCUCUCCUGUCUCUAGAUAAAUAAUAAACCUCUAGUCUUAUUUUGAAUAUCAUCCUAGGCAGUAUAAAGUUUCUACUUACUUGUAAACCAAUAAAUUUUAAUUGUUUAUAAUAAACAAUUACUAUCUUGUUAUAAAAUAAAUGAAAUACAACUUCUCUAUAGGACAUUAGGGCAGUAUGAAGCAGCCCUUUCUUUAUUUAAUCAGAUACAGUUAAGUGUUGGUGCUCAACUAUUGGCCUCCAUUUAAGAAUGAGGCUUCAGGUGCAGCUGCUUCCAGAUUCUAAAAGUUCAAAUUUACCUUUGAAAAUUCUUAAGACAGAUUACAAAUACUAUGUAUUGGUCAACAUAAAACUGGAAUGAGACAAUUUUAAAGAAAAAUAAUUUCAGAACCAAAGUAAAGGAACCCCCCACACACACCACACACACUUGUAACAAUGAGUGGUGCUGUUAUGAAUGAGUAAUACUUUGAUCUACAUUUUGUUAUUCCAGGGAAGAGGUAAAUGACAAAUUACGAGACAUGCCGGAUGGAACAUUCCUGGUGCGGGAUGCAUCAACAAAGAAACAAGGAGACUAUACACUGACACUGCGGUAAAUAAUUUUGUCUUUGCCCUCUCUAUUGUCCUGCACAAAUUGUAGGUAGUACCUGCUGAUAAAUUUGUCUAGGUGUUUGUAGCUAGUGUAAAUACAAGCACCAUGUUUUCAUUAUCUUGGAACUUUGUUUACAUUUUCUGCUAGGCUAUACAAAAAGAACGCAGAAUGAACAGCUUUAUGUUGCAUCAAAUAAUUUGCAAUCUGUAGUGGACUUUGGCAUCAUGAGAAUUAUUAGCUUUUUCUGUUUAAAACCAAUUUUGUGUUUAGGGGUAGCUCUCCAUAUAUUUGGGGCUACAAUUCCCAUCUCCCCGACCAUUGGCUAUGCUGGUUGGGGCUGCUGGGAAUUUGUAGUUCACAACAUCUGGAGGCACCAUGUUGGCUACUCUUGUUCUAGCUUUUUUGACAAUAGAGAGGCUUCCGUCUGUGAAGGUAGAAUAGAGUGGGCAAGGGUAAUGUGGCUUCAGGAUCUUGCACAGCUCUUUGUUGAACCCGACAACUUCUCUGUAGCUCUUCGCAUUUUUUUCUUGUUCUCUCCUCUCCUGUCCCCAGUUCUUGCUAAAAAAAACUUGAGUAUUUCAAUUCUGAAGGCAGCAUAAAAUAAGCAGACUAAGGAUCUCAACCCCUCUUUUUGAGGAAUUUGUCUUUCCUUUGCAGGACAUUUGGAAUGUCUUAGUACAAAGUGUAUAUAGCCUUCCCCAUAUGCUGUAAUUUCACCAAUGGCUAAAAGAUGGGAAAGGGAGGGAUGGAGAAUCUCAACCCUUUCCCCAGUUCGUCUCCCUUUACUUCUCUCAUAAAGCCACCCAUCACUUAAGACUGUUGCUUCUGCCAUGUCAAAUCUUAAUCCUCCUCCCAAAGUUAAUAUAGGUAGAAGUAAGGAACACUUUCCACUUAUCCCAAACUGGAAGGAUUAAAAAUGUUGUCCUGCUUGUACUUGCCUCCUAAUUAGAUGGGAGAUGGGAUAUCAUAAACUUCCUCUCCCCAACAAGCCUAGUCUUGCUUUCUGAUGGAAUUCUUAAUGGCUGUGUAUGUUUGGUAUUGGGAGUGAUAGGUAGGUUUUAGCUUCCCUACAAUGUUGUCCCCAAACAUAGUGCUUUAUUUUUCUCAGCAGAAAUUAAUGGCAUUUAUCAUUAAGUAAAUGUAGGCUGCCUCUUUUUAUUAAUACAUAUUUCUGCUGUGAAAGUGUCUAUGGAGGGAGUGCACGAGCCCAAGGCUUGUUCCUGGACUCAUUCUGCAUAGAAACUUAGGGUAAAUGGUGACCACAUUGCACAAAUGCAAAAGUUUGGUUUAAUGAUGUGUGAAUGAGCCCAAGUAAUGCAUUCGGCUCACAUACUUAUGCAUAGUCUGGAGACUAUAUGAGUUUCAUUUCACUUACAGGGAAUCUUCACUGGUUAUAACAUUUGAAUUGGGUAACCUGGCUUAAAAGAAAUUCUGCUUAGUUUUACAAGUCAGCUUUGUAACACAUGUUUUUACUUAAAGGUGGCUGAUUAUGGAAUUUACGAGAGUUAGUUUUAUAUCAGGAUUCUGGGUUUAAACAUAACAAGCCAGGACUCCCUGAAAGUGAAUGUAAACACUGCUGAAGUCUUCCCUCAACUUCAUAGGGGGGAUGUGGGGCCCAGCAUUUCACUCCAGCUCAUUCACAUAGUACUAACCAUGAUUUAGUGUUAAGUACCAACAUUGUUGUGUACCUGAGUAACCACAGAUAGCCAACAUGGUGCCUUUCAGAUAUUGUUGCACUCCCAUCAGUGCAAACAUCAUGGUCAGUGCUGAGGGAUGGAUGGGGGUUGUAGUUCAGCAACAUCUAGAGGCCACCACAUUCGCUAACCCUGAGUAGCCCCUUUGUACAUGUAGGCAAGACUCGUGUAUGCAAGACUGAAUCCAGAAGAAUAGCUAUGGCAAACAAACUGGUGAGGUAUAUUAGUGGCCACCUAGCUUGUUAGGCAUGAAGUUUUGUAGGAAACAAGUACUGUCAAAGUAACUGGACCAUAUGAUGUGCUAAAAGGUCAACUAUUCCUUUAUACAAUUCCUCAGUACUAAAAAACGGUAAUUCUUGAACUUCCUUUGGAGAAAUUCUAGUUAAUCCUUUUACAAAUUAGUGAAGCCUGUGACAACUACAGUUAAGAUGUUUUUUGACUGAAUAUUACUCUCAAAUUACAGUAUUGCAUACAAAGUCAAAGUCAAAGUCAACAACAUGUAGUGCAGAGUAACUAUGCAGGAGUUUGUUUGACUUUUUGGUUUAGCAUGCUUAUAGUAUGUAAUAUGAAUGCACAUAAAGACAUGCUUGUUUUUUUAAUUCUCUCUAUUGCAGGAAGGGUGGCAACAAUAAAUUGAUAAAAAUUUAUCACCGGGAUGGGAAAUACGGUUUUUCUGAUCCACUGACAUUCAAUUCUGUUGUGGAACUGAUCAACCACUAUCACCAUGAGUCUCUUGCCCAGUAUAACCCUAAACUAGAUGUGAAACUUAUGUAUCCUGUAUCCAGAUACCAGCAGGUGAGAUUUUCAAAGAACCCCGUAUUACCAUUUGUAUUACCGUUAAAUGUGUGCUUUUAUUGAGUUUUAAUAAAAAAAUUUUUUUGUAAAGACAGGGUUUUGUAUGAGAACACGUAACAUUCAUCACUAUAUUAGGAAGUAGCUGGUCCCUAAUUUGGCAUACUCUCCUUUAAAUUCCUGCUUGUCGUAGUCUCUCAUUGGCUGUAUAAGCUAUAUGUGCAUAAAACUUCUGAUCUUGCAAGAGAAAUGAAGAUGAACUGAUUCUCUGCUUUUUAGUAUCUGGAACUUUGCCUGCUAUUUUUUUCUGUAAUUAUUGGUAUCUCUUCCAAACUAUAAAGUUUACAAAGGCAAAAUAGUAUAAAUAUUUUUUUUGUAGAAGAAACAUUAGAGUAUUGAAAGCCUACCAUGCUCUCUAAAAGAAAUAUUGCUGAUUAAGCAAGUGCUUGCUCAAAUAAAAGAUCCCAAAACUAAUUUGUUAAUUCUACAAUCUCAAACAUUUAUACGUAUUUCCCGAGUAACAGGAAUAGUCAGUGUUCAGAAGUUAAGGAUAACGUCUUGGUAGAUGUAUAGAGAGGCUUUGUUGUUCAGGCUAAGACUGUCUUGUGUUUCCAUAAGGGUAGUUCUCCAGAUAGGUCAGCACUUGAAUGUCUUUCAUAGAAAAGUAUACUUAUUUUCUUUUUUAUGUAUGCAGGAUCAGUUGGUAAAAGAAGAUAAUAUUGAUGCUGUGGGCAAAAAGCUUCAGGAGUACCACACCCAGUAUCAAGAGAAAAGUAAGGAAUAUGACAGACUAUAUGAAGAAUACACCAGAACAUCACAGGUGUGUUGUUGCAUUGUGUUCUCAUGGUUACUUGGGUCUGAACUAGAGUUUAACAGCAAAUAUAAAAUCUCCAAUCCAAAUUGGGGGGAACAGUGUUUGAUCUGUGCUCUUUUGCUCGCAGUACUGAGAAACCUGGUGUUGGAGCCAGCCUGGAGCAAAAGCAGCUAGGAGGAGAGGUUGCACAGAUAAAGUAGCUGGGAGGAAAGCUAAUGACACAUACACACUUCCCACCUACUUUUUAUCCCCUGCAUUGUAUGUUAAGAGGCCAGCAUAUGAAAAGGAAUCUGCUCCCACCUAACAUAUAGCUAGAGCAAUGUCCUGCAGAAGGGAACUGUUACAGAUUUUGAAUGAAUGGCAUUCUUGAGUGUAUAGUCUUGGAUGCCAAACUAUCAGGAAGAUCAUGCUCUGCUGUGGAACAUUUCAGCACAGCAUCAUGAAUCUGCUAAGUGGUAGUCUAGCAGAGAAAUGGCGGGGGGGGGGGGGGACCUCCAGUCUUUAAACAGUACAGCUUACCUCCUAACAAAAUUUUCCAUGAAAGCAAAGCAUUUUGCGCUAACAGAAACAGAGUUCAAACUUGAUGGAAAGUGUUUGCACUGAGAAAUUGGGUAAUAUUCUGAGUAAAGAACUGUUUGUGUAAGCCAUUAUGCUGGUGUGCAUUGCACAAUAAUUUGUGCAAGACUCGCUUGAUUCUUUAUGCUGACACUUUGAGGAGCCAGUCUGUCUCAUAGUUACUGCUUCUAAAGCUGUGCUCACAAAUUAUUAUUUCAUCAAAUGAACUGCACACUGUGCAGUGGCUAAUAUAUAUAUAUAUUUAAUUAAACUAAAAUAUUAAAUCAAAUAGUAUUGCAAACAAAUGAGCCUGCAAACAAACAGGAAAAAACUGAAAUGUACCCUAGAAAGUCUUUGAGGCAUGUAUCCCAUCACCAUUGACAAGAGUUGGCAUGGUGUGUUGUGUAUGAAUAUUUGAUUCAUCUAUUUGGAAUAUAUUUUGAAUGUACUGGGUCUCUGUGUUGGUUUUUUCUAACAUCAGCACAAAGAGUUAUAUAAAUUAUGGACCUUGGUGUUUGUAUGAAACUAUUCUAAGAUGAUGUAAAUACACUGUGUAAGGCUUAUGCUACCACAGAAUAUUUCUUCCUGAGUCUCUGUUUGUGCAGUCAUUACUGAAACACUAACCUCAAGGUCUUGUUGCAUUUAAUGGGUCUCAGGAUCCAAGUCCGUGACUUGUACAAACUGCUUUGGCUAGCUAGGAAUUAUGUCUGAAACCAUGGUUAUGCAGAUUCAGAGCAACAAAAAAGGACAUGUGAAUAGAGGUCACUAGCAAAAUCACCACAAGUCUCCCCUUCAUACCUAUAAAUAUACUUGCGUGUGUGUAACUUUGCACUUGAAAUCCAUCCAUGAGUGCUCUCAGGUACCUGUAUUAGAUAGAGUAGAUGGUUUGUAUAAAUGAGGCCCUGGCUUCAAUCCUGACACUGUAGCUGAUCACCAGGAUUGGAGCUAGUUUCUCCCAAUUCUGUAUACUCAGAGUUGUAAUCAUGUUGUUGCACUCCCGGUUCCCACCAGCCCCUAGCCAUCAUAGCCAAUCCACAGGAGUGAUGGGAACUGGAUAGCCACAGGGUCCCUAUCUAUGUUCCCAAUUCUUUUUAACAUCUGUAUGAAGCCUUUCGGAGUGGGCAUUAAGGAAUUUGGAGCAAAGUGCUAUUAGUAUGCUGAUAAAACACACCACUGUUUUUAUGUAACAUCUGACGGAGUGGCUGUGCAUGCUGGACCAGUAUCCGUCUGCAGUGGUGGGUUGGAUAGCAGCAAAUAAAUUGAGUUUAAACUCUGACAAGGCAUAGGUCUUGUGGGUGAGUGGUCCCCAUGUCUUGGAUAUAGGUCAGUUACAUGUUCUGAAUGGGGUUGCACUGCCUCUGAAAGAGCAGAUAUAUUAUCUGGAAGUGCUCCUGUAUCCAUCUUUGUCACUUAAGGUAUAGGUGGCCUUGGAGGCUAGAAGUGUCUUCUACCAGCUUCAGUUAGUAAGACACCUAUGACUUUUCCUGGACGAAGAUAGCUUGGCCACUCUACUAACCUCAAGGCUGCAUUCCUGCAACACACACACUAUGGGUCUUCCCAUGGGCUUACUGUGGAUCUUACUAUGAUUUAAUGUGGAAAUUGUUAAUUAGGUUGUGUACUUUUUGAUGAGUUUUAGAUAUUGUUAAUGGCUAUUUUUGUUAUAUUUGUAAUUACACAUUUUUUUCCAAGUUGUAAGCUACCUUAAGCAUGGUUUUAUCUAUGGAAAGGUGGCAUAAGAAAAAAAUGAUGUGUGUAUAUGACCUAGAGGUGCACUUAGUUUGUAUUAGAAACUGCACUUUUAGUGUUGCAGCUCUAGCUCUUUAGAAUCUGUUAUUAAUAUUGCACUUAAUUUAUUAAUAGCCUUUUAAACCACCAUCUCAGGGUGAUUUACACAUAACAUAAUUAAAAACAGUUAAAAACACAAAGUAAAAAAAUACAUUUAAAACAAGAUUAAAACCCUAACAUGUAGAGACUCAUGAUAAAGACUUGUGAAUACAACUGGGAAAGCUUGUUGGAACAAAAAUGUCUUCAACUGUUUGUAGAUUGUGGGCACCUGUCAUAUCUCAGUAGAAAUGCUAUUCCACAGAACAGGGGCAGCAACACUAAAAGCUCUUCUCUGAGUUACUGCGUAGUGGGCUUCUGAGAUGCUGAAACUUGCAGGACCCUCCCCCAGACAACAGCAAUCUGCUGGGUGUGUUUGGCAUAAGACAGUCUCUCAAGUAACCUGCCAAAAUUAGACAGGUGCCUUGUGCAUACCGUGUAGGCAUGUAUUGAAGACAUUUUUGUUUAAGGCGUUCCCUGAGGUGUGUAACCAGUCAUUUAUGAAACAAUUGCAUAUCUUUAGAGUUUGUUGAAAUGAUAUUGUUCUUAGAACUUGGAUUGUUUUGUUUUGUUUUGUAAACUGCUUUAAUAGCUUUAUUUUGUGAAAUGCUCAAUAAAGUUGUACAACAACAACAUGGUCACUUUUUUCUCAAGGUGAAAGAAGGCAAAGCAGGUGUAUCUGACUAACCAGAGGGUCUUGUAGAUUAGUUACUUUAAAUUGGUAAUUCACUCAGUGUUUGGAUUAUAUACUUUUCAAUACUGAAUCAAAUCAUAUAGACCUAUAAAUUAUCUGCUUUGAUUUAUGUAAAAAUAAUAAUCAAAUAGUUCUACAGCUUUGUGCUUCUGGUGAGUAAUGGUGAUUUUUGAAAUUGGUUUUUCUGUGCAGGAAAUUCAAAUGAAGAGAACAGCAAUAGAAGCUUUUAAUGAAACAAUUAAAAUAUUUGAAGAGCAGUGUCACACCCAAGAGCGAUAUAGCAAAGAAUACAUUGAACGAUUCAGAAGAGAAGGAAAUGAGAAGGAAAUUGAACGGUAGGUCUGCCCAAAUGCCACUUCUGUUGCCAGUCCUGGCCUCAGGUAGUAACUGUAUUUGUGUUCUCCAUAAUUAUAAUUUCUCCCAUUGACCUCCACUGUACACUAUAUCACCAUAUUUAGUUACAUAACUACUGUGCUAUGGAUCAGACACCUUUGUUGUAAUCAAUUUCCGCACUGUAUGAAAUUUAUAAGGAAACUGACUGCAUGUUACCAGGUGUUCUGUUGAAUUUAGAUAGCAACUUUUUCCAUGUUUAAAAUUUAGUAAAUCAUGGAUUGAGUUGAAAUUACUCGAGAAGCACAAUCCCAAGUAGGCUGAAGAGCUCCAGAUCAACUUCUUCUGAAAAAGGAAUGACAGAAUUUUAAUAGAGCUGGAAAAGGUUUAGGAAAGGGCAGCUACCUAAAUGGAAAUCUGGUUGAUCACUGUUGGAGACAGUUUGCUAGACUUAGGUGGCUAUUCUUAAGAGUGUUCUUAACAGCAUAGAUCCUCAAUUAAAUAAUUUGUUAGAUAAUGAAACAACAUGAACAAUAGUGUGGAUGCUUUUUCUAAUAACUGUGAAAAGUAUUCAUGUGAGGUAUCUUAUCCAGGCAAAAUGACUUCUGAAGUUCAAAUGGUAGUAGUUGGGCAGCUUGUAAUAAACAAUAGGGUAACUUACCUUCAUUUUUAAAAUUAAUUUAAAUUUUUAUUCUCCUUAACAAGGCCUCUAAUACAGCUUACAGUGCAAUUUUCAGAAGUGUUUUCAUAAUAAAAACAACAAAUGGAAUUUAAAAAAACCUAGCAAUAUUAUAUUAAACCAGCAGAAUCUACACAGGAAAGGCAAAUUAAAAACCCUCGUGUCCAAAUAAAGCAGACUCUGCAGCACACCCUCCCUGUUUUAUUCAGCAACCUCUGUGCCAAUAUGUAAAAGGUCCUGUCUGCUGUGGCCACCUACUUUAUCUCUGAAGAAGGAGACAGAUGCAGCAGAGUAUCCCUGGAAGAUCAUAAGAUGCAGCUAGGAUCAUAUCUGAUGCAUGUGGUCUCUUACUUUUGAGACUGAAGAGGUAUAAUACCUUAUAAGAAAGAGGUAGUAGAGCAGUUCUCAAACUUUUCCAUUUUUUCUUCAGUUAAGCUCAGAUCAAGAAUCAUGUUCUGUUAGCAUAAUUUUAGUCAUGAAAGUCUCCGUCCAAAUAAUAUUUAGAUAAUAGAGAGGAAGAAGUGGUAUUGUCCAGGUGCUUUUGCUAGAAUGUUCUGUUCUACAGCUUACAACUGCUAUUCCAAGGUAGACUUUCUGCAUCUGUGGUUUAGUGCUUAAGUUGUAAAGCAGGAUCAGGAAGCUCUUGUGUAGAUACACUUUUAGUCUGAAGGUGUGAUGAAUGAAGCCAAUGUCUUCCACAGUGCCCAAUACAGUCACUAUGUACUAUUUAGUUGUAGAUGAGAGUGGUUAUUUUUGUGUGUAACUUUUACCCUUUAAAAACUAGUCACUUCUUUACAGCAUUGCGAUGAAUUAUGAAAAAUUAAAAUCACGUCUGGGUGAAAUCCAUGAUAGUAAGCUGCAACUGGAACAGGAUUUGAAGAAGCAAGCUCUAGACAACCGGGAAACUGACAAGAAAAUGAACAGUAUCAAACCUGAUCUUAUGCAGCUGCGCAAAAUCAGAGAUCAGUACCUUGUGUAAGUAAUAGCCAGUCUGUGAGUCUCCAGUAUUCUGGUUAGGGUCAUUCACAGAAUUAGCAAUUGUGUUGGUGUCAUUUUAGAAGUAAAUAGAGUGGGCCUGAGCUAGAUUAAGACCCUGGUGGGGGUGGGAGCUUUAACCCUCCACUUGUGUCCCAAUCCAGCUUGGGCUUUUCAUUUCAUGUCACCUAAUGAUUAAAGACCCCUACUCUGGUACAGAUGCAGAUCAGGUCUACUGUACUUAUUCACUUAUUUGUUUUAUUUAUAACCUGCCUUUCAUCCCAAAGGUUUUCUAGGACAGUACAAAAACUAGUCAAUAAAUAUACUCAACAACCAUAAAAUCAUUAAAAUGCAUAAGCAUCAUAAAACAGGCUAAAAAUAAAAAUCCUUCAUGUUUGAUAUGAGAGGUAUGUCUUAACUUGGCAUUUGAGAAUAGAUAACAUGUUGGACAACAGCAUCUCCAACGGGAGCGAGUUCCAUAUUCAGGGUGCCCAAACAAAGAAGGUCCUGCUUCUUAAAACUGACUUCAGCUACUGUUGGAGCUACAAGCAGACUUUGAAGCACAGAUGGGGGAUAUGUUCUUUCAAAUUACCUUACAAAAAAACAUUCACACAAUUCCUAUUGAUUGUGUGAAUGGUGUCUCAUCUAAUUUGGCCCAAAUAUAUUAAUGAAAGGAAGCUGAGCACUUAACAUGAAAGGAUGUUAACAGUUGGUUAGCCUUUUCAGCACUCAUGUAAUAAAUGCUUGGCUUAAUAAUAACUAAUCCAUAGCAUGCCUUGUAUGGAACAUUUCUGGUUCCAGCUGAAUUUUCUUGUUAGCUUUGAAGUGAAAUAGAGCCGAUACUGAAUCCACACUGGGUGUACCAAGUCAGCAGAUAACUAACCAGCGCCCUCGUAGAUAAGCUGCUUUUCUGAGCAUUAACUGCUUACCCACUAAAUGGAAUUGGGAUAUCCAGUGAGCAAAUCCCAUAUCUUGCUAGGAGGGGGAAGGAAGGCAUGUGAGUGAAAAUCUUACAUAGAGGAGGUCAAUUUUCCAAAAGGCUGAAAAUGUUGUACAAUGUGCAGCCAUAUGCAGUAAGUACUACUAACUGUAUAUGCCUUUUCUAAUUCAGGUUGUGAUAUAUUCUUUCAGUAAGGACACUGCUAUAGGAAGACCAAUUAUGGCCUCAGAAUGUUAUGAAUUGUUAAGUGUCCUUUUUGUAGAUUAUAUUAACUAUUAGACCGUAUUACAGUAUAUUGUCUCUCAUUGGCAGCUGGCUUAAUCAUAAAGGAGUGAGGCAGAAACGAAUAAACGACUGGCUUGGAAUAAAAAACGAAAAUAUUGAGUAAGUGUUUUUGUACAACUACUCUGAAUUUUGCAAUAUGGAUGAUUAAAGUGCAUAGAAAUAGUGCAUGACAGGAGUGUGUAGCUCUGUGUUGGUGUACAUGCAUGUGGCUGUCAUACGACCAUGUACACUUUUUCUUAAUCAUGAGACAAUAUCUGGUCAUGCAUCUAGAUUUUCAGAUAACACCAAAGGAUUUUUCUCUUAGUGGUGUACAGUUCCAGAAGAAUCAUUCAGAAAAUAAAUAACUCUAUCCAUCCUACUAGUGAUAUAUAACUAGUACAAAUUAAUUUUUUAAAAUCUUAGUAUAUUUUAUCUUGCAUGGAUGAAAUGUAAGCAUCUGAGACAAUGAAAGUGUUUUCUUAUGCACCAUAAAACUACUGCUGAUUUCUCCAGGGCUUGGUCCCAUAUACACAGUAAUUAACAGUGGUAUAAAAAUAGUGUGAGUUAGGCCUCUGUUGGUGUUUGCAUGAAUUGCUUCAUGCAAGGACAAGUAAUCCUAAUACAGAAAUAUUCCUGCAUUAAGAAAAUAAGAUUUGUUGUCUCUUCCUAGUACAUACUUUACAAAUGAGGAGGAUGAAAAUCUGCCACAUUAUGAUGAAACAUCUUGGUUUGUGGGAGAUAUCAAUCGCAUCCAAGCAGAAGAUUUGCUUUGUGGGAAACCUGAUGGAGCAUUUUUAAUUCGAGAAAGUAGCAAGAAAGGCUGUUAUGCUUGUUCUGUGGUGUAAGUAGUGAUUCCCUGGAUUUCUUUUAGGCCAAGUCCUCUGUGUGCACUUACAGGGGAGUCAGCCACAUUAGACUAAUAAAUUUGGUGGGACUUGCAUCAAAAUAACCCUGUAUAGAAUUUGGCUGCAUAACUUGGAUAGCUUUUUGCCUUAUAUUUUCUUAAUUUAAAAUGGGUUUAACGCGAACUGUGGAGAAUGCAACAUAAAGAUAACUGAACGCUUACUUGGUUAGCUUUCUACCGUAUUUACUUGAGUCUAACGCGCCAUUGAAUCUAAUGCGCACCUCAAUUUUCGCAGUGUAAUUUGCCCCCAAAAGGUGAGCAUUAGAUUCGAGUAAACAUGGUAAAUUAAAUGGCACAGCAUAGCCAGUACUAAGAGAACCAGACCUCAGUGCCAUAAUCUAUAUGUGACUCUUUUGUAUUUGCAUUCUUUGCCUAGUCCUCUUGAUAAAAGUAUCCUAAAGUGUUUUUAAGCUUUCAGUGUCAUCAUUAUAUACACUCAAGAAAAGUACUGAGUGCCUUGAUUUGCCCAUGUGAACAGCUACUUAGAGCCUACUCUUCUGGUUUGCUAUUGCUUCCAAAUCAUGCAGCCAGAUCUUGCUCAGAUAUGCACCAUUUUAGUGAAAAAAAUAGGGAUAUCUUCAUGGAUACAAUAGUGCAAAGGACUGGUGUCUCAACAUCUGCAAUUACAAUAGCUUUGGUAGCAGGAGUGGGAGAAAUUUAAUUCAGUCUCUGUUCAUCAUUAGUCGUCUAGAUGGGUCAGUGGUCUCUUAAAAGAUGAAGACAUUUCUUAGCAUUUAGGUUAUAACGUGGCAUAUCAACUUAACCAGUCCUCCCCAACCUGGUGCCCUCUGGUUGUUUGGAUUAGUAUAGGAAUUUAGGAAGCUGUCUUAUACUACAUCUACCUCAGUAUUGUCUGCUGGCAGUAGCUUUCCAAGAUUUCAGACAGGGUUCUCUCCCAGCCCUACCUGAAAGUGCCAGGGACCUUGGGACCUUCCACAUACAAAGCAUACAAAUACAAGAGCAGCCUGCUGGAUUGGCCAAUGGCCAUCUAGUUCACCACCCUAUUCUUACAGAUACCAAAGCAGGACAAAGUAGCAACAGAACUCUCCCUGGCAUUCAUGGGGAUACUGUGUCUCCAACCUUGGUGGUAGAACACAGCCAUUGUGGUUAGUGUCUAAUUCUCUUUUAAAGCCCUCUGGCUAUCACUACUGCUUGUGGAGCAAAUUCCAUAGUUUAACUAUGCACUAUGGUCAGCGAUGAUGGGAGUUACAUCUAGAGGGCACCAUGUUGUGGAAAUAACGUGUUGGGAAUUGUCCACAAUCAUAUCUUUUGUCAAUAAUGUUAGUGCAGUCAGUAAGCUAAAUUGUUUAGUAUCUUCCUGCUCUUGUAACAUAAGCAAAACAAGUUUCUACAAGAGCUAGAGGAUGUACAUUAAUUUGUAGUUCUUGAAAUGCUUCGCAGGUUGGGCAUUUAUUCUGCUUACAUGUGUGAUAGAAUUAUAUGUGCUUUAGUACUGAGUGAAUGUUUGCCCUAUGUAUUCUGGUCAAAUGUAGUAUAUAUUAGUCCUUCAUUACCAGCAUACCUCCCUUGUAGUUAGUAUAUAUAAGGAUCUGCCCAGGAACAGUACUGGAACCUUAAAUGCCACUUACCUGAACUGCUUUAAUUUUUUUUAAAUGGAUUUACUGAAAGUUAAGUCCAAAAGCAGGUUCUCUGGCAAAAAAAAUUCUUUAUUGUAAAUAUGUUAUAUAUCGUAUAAAGCUAAGCUCUAGAGGGUUUGGAAGAUGAUAUUUAGGUAGAAUAGGAACCUCUGUCACAAUCUGGAAAGGCUUUUUUAAAAAGCCUUCACUGCACCGUGACAAGCAUUCAUGAGACAGCAAGCCAUUCUAAACAUGAAAAUCAUUACAGGAAUACUGUUGUAUCCAAGGUUCAUUGAUGUUUAUCAUGACUUUUCAGUAUCUCACUUGUUGUAAUCCUUCUAAAAUACUAUCAUGUUAAUUUUUAAUUUUCUAUUUUUUUAACAGAGCUGAUGGUGAAGUUAAACACUGUGUGAUUUACAGCACUCCAAGAGGUUAUGGGUUUGCAGAGCCAUAUAACCUUUAUACUACCCUAAAAGAAUUAGUCCUUCAUUACCAGCAUACCUCCCUUGUCCAACACAAUGACUCCCUCAAUGUCCGGCUCGCUUAUCCUGUCAACGCACAGAUGCCCUCCCUCUGUAGAUAAAUUCUAGGAGGGUGGAGUAUAGGUGAAGUGUUGGUUCUCGGAUUUCUUUUCUACAGUUUUUACUAAAACCCAGAGGGCAUUCUUUCUCCUUAAGACUGCUUGUUUUGCACAAGAAAUGAUUUGAUGAAUGUGAAUUGGAGACCUAGCAGCAACAAAAUAAUAGCUUUGGGGUUGGUGCCCUGGUGCUACCUGAAGAUCAGCUGUGUUUUUAUAUAAGGAGACUCUCUCAUUUUCCCUAAAAGGAACAAGUUAUCUCUUUAAAGAUGCAUACAGAAAGAACUAAAAGCAAAACUUUUGCCAGGCACCAUCAGCGGAACUUCUACUUGGAUUUUGUUUUUCUGAGGUAUUAGUAAUGUCUUUCAGUCUUAAGCUCCAGGAAAAUGUAGGGAAAGUCUCUACUCCAGAAACUUCCCUGUUAAUUUUAGCAGCUUGGCUGCAAGUCAGACAAACUUACACAUGAGGGCUCAUCUUGAUGUAGCAUGGUAUUUGGUGAGAGGAGACCAAAGGAAUUAUGGAGAGAGUUUCAGGUUCUUAUUUAGAAGAAUAUCCUCAAGGAAAUAUUGCUUUAUAUUUUACCAACAUAGCAAAACUUUGGUUUCAAUAGUACUUACCGGUCUUCAAAUAAAAGAAACCAAAUUGAACCCACCAAAACUACUUUCAUUGCUGGAUUUGGGGGGGUGGGUAGAUUGCAUUUGCAAUCACACUUGCCAAAACUUGAAGAGAGAAAUAUAAAAGCUAAAAAGUCUUCUGUUGUUUUGAAAACUAACCUGACCUGAUGUAACUGCACCACUUCCCCCUUUAUUAUUUUCAAAAUGUGGUUCCUUUCUUCCAAGGAUGUCAGAUUUUGUUUUUAAUACUAAGCUUUGGAAUGUUAAGCAGAAUGAAGCUGGCACCUGGCAUGUUUAUAAGAUGCUAAACAAUGAAUUUUCUGUUUUAAAAACAUUUGUUGUUGUUGUUGUUUUAAAAAAAACUUUAGAAGUGCAAUGGAUUGCUUCUCAAUGGCUUGCUAAACCAAAAAACAAAAAAACAAAAAACCCCUAUGGGUGCAGUCUAUAUACUGUUGAAACUGGCUACAAAACUGUGUUUAUAAUGCAUUUGGAUUGCACCCUAAAUCACGAAAUCCAUUGUACCGGUUGUAUAACCUUAGAAUUCAUUGCUGGCUUACCAUAAGACAAAUAUUUGGGUAGCUGAAUUCAAUGGGACUAGUAAAGAUAUAAAGUGGUAGAAUCUAUCAGUAUCUAAACAGCUUUGCUUGGUCAUCUGCUAUCAGAUUCAUCUGGAUUAUAUGUAACAUCAAAUAAUGAAAUUAUAGCAAAUAGUGAGAACUGGAUCCACUAGACUGUGAGAAUUUGUGCUCUGACAAUGCUGUAUUUACCUUUUUUUGUCACUACAUGUAUGCCCUUGUUGAUUUAUUGUAAUUUCUAAAGAUUAUAUUUGAGCUAGAACACUUGCUUACACAACAAGGACAAAUCGGUAGAUUCAGCAUGAAGCCUUUCCUUUUUCUGUGUAGUAUUUGAAGUACAUGCCAGGGAGUUGGGACAUUUGGAUCUUUUCUGGCUCCAACCUACCUUCAGUGCCACCUUGAACCCCCAGACUGUUAGAUUCUAAUGUUUACACAAAGCAGAAUGCACUAUAAGGGAGCUUAGAAGUAUUAUGCAGAAUAUGAAAUUGCUGAACAGGAAAAUGAUAAAAUUUGAGCACUAAUCAGCAACUGGAGGGGCUAAACUAGAUUGCUUGACAUGUCCCAAAAGCACUUCUGUUUUGCACUAAUCUACUGCCACUUAAGCUAAGUGCUGGCUAACCAGCUGGAACAUGAUCUUCUAAAAAUGGAACCAUGGUUGUAAAAAAAAACCCCAUCCUGUAGUCUUUAAAUUUGUGAGACGAUAGUUAAUAACUUAAUGUGCCACCAUCUCUUCAGUCCCUCUCUUCCCAGGCCUGUCCACCCCCACAUCCUCUUUAGCCAGCAGCAAUAUGCUACUUUUAUUAAGCGUGGCACUGGAUUCUGCCACUUUUCAGAGUCAUCAGGUUGAGAUUUUAUACCUCCUCUGGAAGCCUAACCAGCUUGCACAUUCUAAUUUGGUACCUGCACAUUGCUUAAUACUACUCUUUCAUUAAAUCUAGCCUAGACCACAGAGGCUUGUUCUGACUUACUCAGAAUCAGUGGAAUGUUUUCCCAUAACUACCAAUUAUAAAUCUUCACAUUUUAAUGUUAUAACCAAACAAUGAGCUAAUUGGCAAUUUAGGCCAUACCACACAGCCUCCACUGUUUUGCAUUAACUUCAUUUGGGUUUGCCCCUAUGAAGUCACUGAGUCCAGUGCUAGUCCCUCUCAGAAAGACCCACUGAAAUUAAAUGAAUCCAAGUUUGUCAUGUCCAUUGACUUCAGUGGGUCUACUCAUAAGUAGGACUAACAUGGCCCUGGGGAUACAAUCCUUUGGCUUCUGUUACUGUAUUCAGAGUAUCAGUCAAUAUGCUUCCUUUAGGUUCAUUUUUUUUUAAAUUUACAAUUAACUUUAUGUGUACUUCAUCUCACAAGGUGCCUUGAUUUACUUCCCUUUAAAUUGGCACAUUCUGAAACAUUUAGAUUAGAAUUUUGAGGAAAGUAAACAUAUACACAUGGCUUCCUUUUGGCUUAUAAAUAACAGCCAGCUGGUGUUCACAUGCUUGCAAUGCCUCUCACAUUGAACAUUUUUGGAUGGACUUUGCAAGUGAAAAAUCAUUUUGCGGUUUACAAAUGAAAGUUUGUAGAAGAAAUGUUCUUCUACCACCAUUCAGCUUCCAUCAACAUUUCUUGAUUUAAUGUUCUCAUGCCUAAUUUUUCACACCAGUUAGCUGACCUCAAGUGGCAGCAUUCCAAAUUCUCAUAGUUCACCUUUGUUAAGAUCAGCCCCCUAGCAUAACUUGCUGUCUUUCUACAAAUGCACUAGAGAAUGACAAAAUGGAAGAUGAGAAGAGCUCAAUGUGUUGGUUUUUUUAAGCCAAUGAGCUAGGCUUGUUUUAGUAGAACUUUUUUUUAGAACAUUUUUUUUAUCUGCUAGAUGUUAUACUGAUUUCAAUGACCCAACUAUGUAAAUGUUUUUUGUUAAGCAGUAAACUGGUUGGGGAGAAAGGCUCUUAAUAUGCAGCUUAUCUGAAGUGCUUUAGUGGGGAGGAUUCAAUAUUUUCCUUUCUCACAAGUAGAAAACUGCAUAUUUUUCUGUAGCUGUUGCAGUAGCUGCAGUGCACAAUAGAUUAGCCAAGAUUGAAAAGUAAUUGAACUGCUAGUACUUCUGAGGCUAUUUUCUUUGCCAGUCACAUAUCAUAAGAACAAAUACAGCACUGUUAAGGAGAAAUUUUGGGAAGAAUUCAUAAGGAGGUUACAACAUAGUUUUUCCUCUGUACCUAUGUUGUACAAAGCAGUAUCUUGAAUAUCCUACUUAUGAAUGUAGGAACAAAUCCAGCCUCACUGGGUUACUUUUCUAGUCUGUGAGCUAGAUUGAUCUUAUGUGCACAUUGGAGCUGCUUGAUUACCUUUCACUAAACAACAGUUCUUUGCUCAACAAGUCACUUUUAAAACUUGGGAGAGUUCAGAAAUUAUACCUGAUGCAGCAUGUGGUGGUGUUAGCCGGAUACAAACUUUGAAAAGCUCCUGUAGUUAAAAUGUAGAGCUGGUGAUGCAAUUCUUAGGAUCAUGGCCUAAAAUGAAAAGGAGCAGGGGAUCAGCCAACACAAGCAACAUAAAACAAUCAUACAACCCAAAUUUAAGUUUAUAUCUACCUCCAGCCACUGAAUUCACUUAUAAAUUAGUAUGCAUAAUCUCUUUAAUUCCAGUACUCCCCCCCACCAUAACUGUAGGUGUUUGGUUUUCCCAUACAUAAGCACAGUUCUCAUAUAUUCUUUCCCCCCCCCCCAUCCAAACCCCCGGUCUGCACAAGCUCAGGAAUAGGGAUAGCAGCAAUUCUUCAGUCUUUCUUAAGAUCAGGCACACAAUAGACUGUAGAAGCCAACCUGGACACAUGUAGGACACAUAUUAAGGGCUUGAGGUGGUUUGGUUCUGUAAAUAUGUUGUCACUUGGAAAGCCAUGACAACAUGUACAAUGACUUAAUGGGUUCUCUUCACAUAGCAAUUUUCCUGUUUGGCUAUCAUAUUUCCAAGUCUACAAAAGCCCCCUCUUUGGUACUUGAACAAUAUUUGUUUGAAUGUGUAGUUUUUUGGUUUUGGUUUAAUUCACACUAACAGGGAAUAAAAAUCUGAAGUGGUAACAUGUAUUGUGUGUAUGCAAAUGUAAGACAAUUUUUGUGAGAUGACAGAGUAUAAAUGCAGAUCUGGGCAUAAUGUAUGCUCAAGGUUUUUCUUCUACCCAUUUUUAUCUUUUUAAUGUGAAUUCAUAAAUAUAUACUUCAUGACUUGAAAAGUUUCAAUAUGCUCAUGAAGUAAACAUUUACAUCCAGUUUGUUUCACCCUUUAAAAUACUUGCACUUAAAAGCAGCCAGACUUGGAGUUUUAACUUAUUGAAACCUCCAUUUUCUGAUAUGCAGCAAUUGUACUUUUAGACAGGAACUCUGUUUUUCCCCCCCUAUAAUAAGAAUUACUUUAUUUCCUGAAAAUGAUAAUUUUCCAGAAUUGAGGUGUUUUAAGGCAUUUUGAGAUAGGAAGCACAUCUUAAAAGAAAUGGAAUAAGGAUGUGUCCAAGGGCUGGCAUCAGCAGUGGACAUGGUCAGGUACUUCUUGGGACCCAUACCCAGGCAGCUGACCCAUAACCAGUCUCCAACUGCUGCACUUCUCUUUCACAGUGACACCUCACCACUCGACUCUUCCCUGCCUGCUUAGGAGACUCAGGGAUGUGAGGAUGUGCACUGCACCACAGUCUCAUGACUCCCCUUAAGUCAGGAGAGCUAUACCCUGUCACCACAGCACCCUUGCUUCAUCCAAGUUGACAGGGAAAGUCACACAGGCAAUGGAGGCAAUACCUGUCAUUGACUCCACACACUUGCACUAACCAAGGCAGUGCUUUCCAUCCUAACCUGCCCUAGUUGUUCUUUCUCCUUGCUAGCUGUAGAUGUAUUGACCAACCCUGGCCUCUUCUUCCUGUCCAUGAGACACUGCACCCCACAUUCUUUUCCCUGAAGCCCACAACCUGCUCUUAGACCUCACCCCACCCCACCCCCCAGUAAAGAGAUGUGGGAAGAGGCAUUUUGCUUCUGCUGCUUGCCAUCAACCAAAAGCUCGUGCAUGGAAGGGGUAAAUGGAGCCCACUCUGACUCUAAGGAUUACAGGGUGACUUUAACAUAAGAUGGCAGUUGCCUAAAAGCGAAAUGCUGUUUUUAAGCCAAAUUGUACAAACAGUUGCAAUGUUUCUACAUGCCAAGAUAGCUCUGGGUGUGGUGGUUGAAGCUUUUCCCCCUGUGCCAUCUUCAUGAGCUAAAUCACCAUUCUGAAGCUAUUUGGUGUGUUAUGGGAAACACAUACAACUGGGUGCUGCCUGUGUUUUCUCCCCAGCCCCUUGGGGCAGAUAUUAAAUAUGAGGGAUGAUUUAUUUUCAGCAGGGAGAAGAGUUAAAAACCCACUGUCCCUCAAGCACUAUUCUUCUGGUAUGAUUGGGCUAUAAAUAAUACACAGGAUCUCUCAACAUCCUAUCUACUCUCAGCCCUGAGCUAAGAGCUUUGCUUGGCUGGAGUAUGUUUUGACUGAACAUUGAAUAACAAAUAGUGGAAGUUUAGCAAAUCAGUCUAACUUUUCUAGGUUUCAAGCACUGGCAUUUUUGGCUGGCUCCAUAAUUUUAAUGCAGACCUUUAUACUAUACACUAUUCUUCAGCAACAUCCCUUACUCCUGUCUUAUCGCUCAUGGAGGUUGAGUAUUGCAUAUAGCAAUGGCUCAUAGUUAAAAGUUUAUUCUGUUUCACACUGCUUAGUAUCUUACCUAUAACCAUUGAGAGCCUUGCACUUUUCUCCAAUCAGCCCCUCGGGACACUUUUUUAUUUUCAGACAGGCAUUUGCAGUGUGUAAAGAAAAGCUAUUUAAAGACAUUUUCAAGCGUCAACAUGCUUCCUCCUCCCACAUCAUAGGCCUAGUAUGUUCAGUGGUGUUGCACCCUUGUAUGCCAGCCAGCUGUGUGUUGUCUUUCUUGGAGUGUAGAGUGUUCGGUAUUUGCAGUGACUGACUACAAAGAAAUUUAACUCAACCUGUUAAUUUUUGCCAGUUUACAGCACCAUGGGAUUGUACUGGUCUGCAACAUGUGUGUGUGUGUGUGUGUGUGUGUGUGUGUGUGUACUGUAUGUAUAUAGAUAUAUGGAAAAUAAAUUCAAAUACAUAUAUCUAAUAUGCAUUGGCCAUAACUAGCCCUGGCCCGCUGAAACUCCAAAUUCACAAUUUUCACUUGCUUUACCCACCUCACAAUCUGAAAGUUUGGAUCAUUUUGUUCUCUCCCCCCCAAAAAAAAGUGGGGUUCCUCACUAAUACUCUCGAUGUGCUUUUAAAUUUCUGAUUUUUUAAAAGUGUUUUCCUUAUUUGCUUCAAGAUAAAGCAUUGUAGUUUAUUCAAAGCAAAGUGGUUGCAUUUUAUAUAAACCCCAUUUCCUUUUGAGAGACGGUAACAGUUGCAGUUCUUAAAUAUGGGAAAACCCCAUCUAGAACUAAUGUGCAAAGGAGAAUAAUAGCAUUAAUCACUGUGUAUGGACUCAUUUUACAAAUACAUGUAACAAUGAGUAGGUAGCUUCAUUUUGUAUUGAGGUAUGCCAGGACUGUGCACUCCUUCUGUACAUCCCGCACAUGAACACUAUAUUCUUGAAAUCCAUUUUGGUUUUUCUUUUAAGGGAUGCUAUUUGUCAAAGGUUGCUUCUCAUGGAGCAAAGGGGAUUGUUUUUGUUUUGUUAUUUUUUAAAUAUAAAUUCCAGCAUGUAACUUGAGUAGUCUUGUUGGUAUGUAAAACCUGUUCUGUCAUUUUAUGGUGUAGUCAAAUUCAUGUAGUUUAACUUUAAAAAAGAAACUGCUUCAUGAGGAAAACAAUUGUAUGUUAGUCAUAUUGUAGUUUCUAGAUAAGUAAUGCAACAUUGUACUUGUCACCAAAUGUGCUAUGAUCUUACUGUAUGUUUCUAUUUUUUAAAAUAGGUGGUUGAGCUUUGGAAUCCCAGACACUAAGCAUUCUGGCCUACUUUGCUUUAGAAUAAAAAUGCAAUAAAAGGUUGCAAUAAAGCACAUUUACAUGUAAUGUUUUAGAAGGAUGUACUGACCGCUGUUUCUAAUAAAUUGAGAAAUACAGCCUAGCUGGUAUGAUGUGGUGAUAAAAAUGUGUUUACUCUGUUUUGAAAUUUUAAAUACAAGAUCAAAUAAAUAUUGGAGCCUCGCUUGUC